AUGAAGCCCAGAGGAGGGCAAGGGCAACCUCGACAAAGCUAUUGCUUUGUGUAUCAUGCAGCUGAACUGCAAAAUGUGAUGCUCAAUACCGGACACAGACUUUUGCAUUCUGAGAAUCUCAACUGUAUUCUUGUCAAAAGCAACCAUCUGGCUCAAUUAAUUGCAAAACAACAACAACAACAACAACAACAACAACAACAACAACAUAAUUCCAAACUGGGAAACAUGAACCUAAUGUAAGGUGGAAUCUCAGAAACACAAUUUGUGUGUGUGUUUACUCGUGUGCAUGCAUUCAGGGAACAGAGCUCAGUCUUUGCCAUAUCUUUCUGCUCCUUCUUACAGUUGGCAGAAACAGUGUAAACAUUGCAACCAAAGGGGAAAAUAAGUGCAAAUUUGCUUAGAUCUAGAUGUGUACUGGCAUGCUCUGGUCCAUGGGGUCAUGAAGAGUCGGACACAACUAAAUGACUAAACAACAACAGAUGUGCACAAAUCCAGACGUUUGUGAGAGAUAAUUCUGAUUUCUUUUUCAGAAAGUGCAUGUGUAAUUUAUAGCCUAAGCCUAUCAAUGUUUACUCAUGAACAUACUCACUAGGUUGAAUGAGACUUGGUUAAGUGUGGCUGGGCUUACAUCUUUAGGGUUAAGACCCCUUGUAAUGAAGCAUGAUGUGGUUUCUACUUGUUAUUGGACAUACAAAGUUUGAGUUCCCUUGGUGCAAUUACUUCCUGCAUUGUGUGCCAUUUUCUUCUUCUCUCAGCCUUCAUCAUGUCCCUUCCUCAUGAUGGUGUCCAGAUAUCUGCUUCUGUAAAAUGCUUGCAGGGGAGGAAUUACGUAAAGAAGUUGUAGGAAGAAUGGUGUGUAAAUCGCAGGAACUCACCCAAGGCAACUUGAUGGUAGCAACAACUUUAAUGUAUUUUUAAUCUUUGUUGGAAGCCGCCCAGAGUGGCUGGGGAAACCCAGUCAGAUGGGCGGGGUACAAAAAAUAAAUUAUUAUUAUUAUUAUUGUUAUUAUUAUUAUUAUGUGGGGUGAGGUGGUGAGAAUCAGCUGUCUGACCUACAGCUCAAUCCACUGAAGCGAAGGACAUUCUCACCUCUUACAGGGUUUCUGAAAACACCAUUCUUUUGCUAUUAGUAAAUAUUAGGUUGGCUCCCAACUUAAUCCUGCUUAGAUUAGGCUCGUUGAAAUGAAUGGUUCUUACGUUAGCCAUGACUGACACAAACCCCUUGAUUUCAGUGGGCCUACUCUAAGCAUGAUUAAGUAUGGAUCUAAACCAGUAUCUGUUUAAAUCACCUUUAUCGUCUUGUGUUUGUAUCUCAAGGUUGUUCCACCCAUUGCAUUGCUCGCAUGUAUACAACAUUUAUGUUCACAUGUAAACAUAUGUAUUAUACAGGCCCGUUGCCAAGAAACCUCGAUUAACUAUGGUGGAAUUGCAUGUGCAUUUGGAGCCUCAUCCUAGUCAAGUUUACUCAGAAGUAAACUGAGCAGGGUUGCCAUCCUAGCAGGGGCAACACAUAUCUACCACUACGAAAUAGAAUAAAUAUGUCAUCAGUCUUAAGCAAACUCUUUUUAGAACAAAUAAGGGCUGCAAAUCAUUUUGCGCACUGAAAAUGCCCUCUCUCUCGUGUGUGUGUGUGUGUGCACAUGGACAAAAUUAAAGAUCUCGCCCUCUCUACGCUGCUUUCAAGUUCCCCCUAACCGAAAAGCCCCAGUUCAGCGCGCAAGAAGCCAUCCCUUGCCUUCGGAAUCCCCUUCCUUCGAAACAGCACAAUUUAGGAAGCGCUUGCCUUAGCAGUCUCGAGUUCUCCUGUGUAAGGAAAGGGGCUCGGUGAUUAAUCUGGGCUAUUUCUGCCAUGCGUGCAGCGGCCUCUGCUGGCGCGCGUCUGCUUGGCAGCCGUUCGACUACAAGCCGAGCGAGAAGCCAUGUGGAUUUUACGAGGGGAAGACUAGGGGUGACGGAGAGGACCAGGGGAGAUCGAGGGGGAGCAAAGAGACACCCCCCAACCGGCCAAGCAAUCUUGGAAACGGGGGUUGUUACUUGGAUCUUUACCUUGACUCCCCUCUAGACUCCCCCCGCCGCUACCACCACCACGCUUUUUUGGCGCCGAGGUGGAAGAUGCUCUGCUAAGAGAGAAGCCUGGAUCACCGCGGCAACCCCAGCUCAAAAGCAGAUCGGCGAGGGAGGCGAAAUCCACGCGGUGGACAGCGCUGGUAAGCUUUUCUUGGCUGCGCGGCGAACUCGCGGUUGGGUGAGCGCAUCUCCCCGGAGCAGGCGAGAUCCGCAGGAGAGAGGGGAUGGUGGGCGAGGAGAACCGAGGGAAGGGAGCAAGGGAGGGUGGAUCUCCUCGGGGGAGGCGACCCCCCAGUUCCUCAAGCCCGCCAGCAGGUCGGGAAGGGAGGCAAACUUUGCUGGCUGGCCUGGCUGCUCUGGCGCAGCUGCGCUCCAUCCGUCCGCUUGGAUCGCUCAGUGGACGUCGGUUGAAGGUGGGGGGUCGGGACGGGGAGGGUUUCCCCCGCCUCUGUCCCGGCUGGCCAGAGCGAUGGAGCCGGAGAAAGAGCCGCACUUGUGCUCUUUCGCCGGAGUUUGCGGGAGUUGGAGAGCGCGGCGAGGCGCGAGAGGAGAACCGGGCGCUCCAUCGGCUUCAUUGCAGCAGCAGCGGCAGAGGCAGUAGCAGCAGCGGGAGCAGCGGGAGCAGCAACAAGGGCUGCAAGGCACCCCGUCCUGCGUGGAUCCGGCCACGGGUACACAGCCAUUUCCUUGGGUCAGAAGAUGGAGGGGGGUGCAUGCACACUUGGCAAGGAGAUCUAGGCAGAGAGGGAGCCAGAGAUCUGGGGUGGGGAUGGUGGUGGCCGUGAUGGUGGUGGGGGGGGGGGAGUGGGGUGAGGCUGUUUGCGCGGGUCUGCGUGUGAAUCCCCGGGCAAGAGAUCAGUGGCAGAGAGGCUUUGCUGAGAGGUAAGGGGGACUGCUGCGGCUCUGCAGUGCCCUCUUUCUCUGGCCAAGCGAGGGAGGUGAAGCGGGAGAGACAUCCGCUGGUCCAGAUCUGGACCAGUUCGAAGGAAGAGGCAAGGAACCCUCUUUUCCACCAGGAGGAUUCAAAAAAAUAAAAAUUUUUAAAAAAUCAUCUGCACUUAGGGCCAGGUCGUAUCUCCACUCCUGGUUUCUUUCGCUGGUCACCUGAAUUCUGCUUAGGGCUCGGUGGUCGCCACAGCACUUUGAAAAACGGAGGAGAACCUCCCUUCGCUGCUUCCAUUGCAUGGCUCGGUGGAGUGCAGGGUUAUUUUAGUCUCAGGUGCGGGGGGUGGGGUGGGGGGGGGAGGAAAGGAGCCCAGAGUUGAAAGGCUGCUUUGUUUUGUCACCUCUGCAUCCCGAUCAGACAGAUCAGGAAGAGAAGGGAGAGAUACUGCCCUCGCAUACAGUCAUAAGGAGAUUUUUUAAUAUUUGGGGGGACGGGGAGACAGGCAGGUAUGCAGGCAGGCAGGCAAAUAAAGGAAUACCAGUCAAUCCUGCAAGCAGGUAUUUUGUUGCCAUGCCAGCCCCCCUCCCCAUUUCCCCAACUCCUUAGUGUGUCGUUAAGGGGCUUUCAAAGCAAAUGAGGCCUUUGCUUUCUAUAUACCGUUCUUUAUGUGUGUACUCUGACUUCCAGGAUGUAUCAGCUAGCUUCUUGCGGUUAAGAAAAUAGCCAGGUGAGACAAAGGGCAUCUGAGGGAAGUGUGUCUGUGUGUAGACAUGCACACACACACACUAGCAUAUCAUCAUAAUUAAAAAGAGGAAAGGUUAAGCGCCUAUUUUGUAGUUUUUACACAUUUGUUUUGCCAUGGAUGUUCCAUUGUGAGCAGGGCAAGUAUUUCCUUGCCUGAUUUGCGACUCGUGGAUCAGAUCUAUCACUAUAUCAAUGCAUCUAUGGAAGGGCACUUAAUUAUAGGAACUGGUUGCAACCUCAAAAGAUCCCGAAUACGCUGGGGUCCUCAUUAUCCAACCAGCUCAGGGUAACCGAAUACACUUGGACAUCCUUCAUGUAGAGAGAGAUGCUCGCACAACCUUAUGUAAAUUCCACUUCUCAACGAAUUUGGGGUCUUUGAGGAAUGUUUCAAAUAUCUCCCCAAUGGGUUAGACAAAUGAUGUGCGGUGUAUUGCUUGAUAUCUGACCUAGUUACUGUCUUUAAGUUAACACUUAUGUGCAUUUCUGCCUCUCUUGUCCUCUGCAGUUUCAGAACAAAGGUGGCGAAAGGUAUACCCCUGCAAAAUCAGCUGGUUCUAUUAAUAAUUUCACUGGGAAUGGACAAUGGGAUGUUCUCUGGUUUUAUCAUGAUCAAAAACUGCUUUCUGCUCAGCAUUUCUAUGAGUUUAGCCAGUCAUUUUGGGUAAGUUACCAUAUGUAACAUGAUUAUGAUUAUUAUUAUUAUUAUUAUUAUUUAAAUGAAUGGAAACCAUUAGUUCUAAGGAGUUAAGAGAAAGCAUCCUAAUGCAUACUUGAUACCAAGAAAUGGAUGUGGUACAAUGAGAGAAUGCUGGAUUUGGAGUGAUCAGGGUUGUGAUUUAGCCAGCCUCAAUUCCCCUGUCUGUAAAACAGCAACAAUAUGGUCCUAAUAUAUAAGGAUAUUUCUGAGCUCAUGUAAAAUACCAGACACACAACAUGCAGAGUGUUUUACUGUCGCCAUCGUCGUUAUUUCUUCUUCAAUAUAUGUAGUUAUAAGGGACAGGGAUGUGAGCCAGUCAGUUCACUGUGUGCCUGAAAACACGAUAAAGCAAGCAAAAUAAUUGCAUGAGUAACUUGCUCAUUAGCUUUCCCUGUUACUGCUUGUACCCUCCAGAAAGGGGAAUUAAAGCAUUAGUGAAAUGCACAUGCUCCAUGUGUAUUCAAAACUUGUGCAUCACACCGAAAGGCAGCAAGGCAGAUGCACAAGUCCCUUCUUCAUGCAUUGGCUUGAAGGGGGCGUCACUUACACACCUGCUUUCUGUCUCUUCUGGAAAGGGGCAAAGCAGCCUUCAGUUCCCCAAGCUAUUGACCCAUUAUGUCAUGCCUAAGCACAUCGUUUUAACUCUUUUGAGCAUGUUUCAUGGCCGGAGUUUACUGCUACAGUGAUCGCAUUAGGAACAGGGAUGUGGCAAGUAGACAGUAUGGGAGGCGGAAGCUCAAAAAUGUCAGCCUUCUACUCGAAUGGAUCACCCUUUCUGGACUUUGGUCUAGUCCUCCUACACGCAGGGCGAGACUCAAAUGCCCUGGGCCCUCCUCCUUCCUCUGUUCCCUUCCCUUCCUACAAAAGAUGGUGAAUCAGAGAGCAAGUCCCCUCGUCACUGGCAAAUGACACUCUCAGUGCAUCAUUUCCUAUUGGGUUAUGGGGCUUGUCUGCAAGACCCAUUGAUCCCUGGUUUCCUGACCUCUGCCAGAGAACACCUUCUCCACUUCCCCUUGGGGUUGGUGGCUGAUGGAAAGAGUAAGAUGCUUGGGAGAAGAAGGUUAAACAACCAUCAAGGGCAGCCCCUGCCAGCCCCCCCCCCCGAGCAGCAGCAAAUGGUACUUUUCCAAGUCAAGGUCCACAGUACUCCUGGACAGGACUUUUUUUUCCAGCCACAACUCAAUUCCAGCACCUCUCAGAUGGGUGCCAUUGCCAUUAUAAGAGAACAAAGUUCAUGGUGAGCUCCAGCAUCUCUUUUUCUAAAAAAAUAGCACUGCUCCUGGACAUAUGCAGAAUUAGCUUUAAAGGAAUGUUUUAUUUCAGAUCAGUAAAUGCAGCAAACAGCUAGUGCAACUCUGCUGCCUGCCCUUCCCGCAGGUACAGAAGUCUGCCUCCUCUGGGGGCAGGGAUAAGUAUUUUUUCAUAAGUUGCAAUAUAUCCUAUGUUUAUGAACAAUUCAACCCCUCCCCCAUAAUUUUGUUGUCUUUAUCCAUAGAGGAUUACUAGUGUAGCCUUAUCCUCUUCAUGCUUUUAUUAUUUUUGGUGGGGUUAACGGGGGAGAGAGAGAAUGAAGAUUAAUUAUUUGUGUAGGUGGUGGUGGGGAACUGCUGCUACUGCCCCCCCUCCCCCCAGCAAUUGCUGCCUGCAGUGGACACUCUCCUCUGCCUAAUACUGAGGGCUGGCCCUGUUCAGGGUGAAAAAGAGAGAAAGCCAAGCUUCAGGAUUGUUUGAUUCAUAUAGCCAAGCAGCCGAUCUGAUUUAUGAGCUGAGCAGCCAGGGUCUUGCCCUCUCCUCCAUAAGAAGAGCCAGGCUUGUGUUCCAGCACUUCAGCGCUCUGGGAUCACAAAAGUCAGCAUCGCUGUAAAUCAACAGAAAGGAAGCGUGCCCAUAGGUUGCAAGCUCCUGGUUAGCUGAAGGAAGUGGGAAUACUGUUAGGGCAAUGGCUUGCUUUCUACCUAUAUUUGCUUAACUCUUUCCUGUGUACUUCUGGAAAUAUGAAUUCGCUAGGGUGGCCUUAGGCAAGCCACUCUCUGCCAGACUCAGGGCCAAACUAGCAAUGGGGGGUUGUUUUCUUAGGCAGUGAAGAGACCUGAUCUCCAUUCAGUUCUUGGUGGAAGAGCGAAAGCUGUUUUCAUCACUGGAAUCAGACUCCUCUCCCUCAAUGAUUAGUUAAGGAAAAGCAAGGUACACAGCUGCCUGCUGCAUACUGAAUGCACAUCUAUUUUGACCCCCCACUUCUCUGUUUGAAAUAUUGAAAUACACUGGCCCACCCUAUAAAAUGGUUGCAAAGAUCAGAAAGAAAGAAAAACCACUCAAAAGUGCAAUAUAAAUGCUGAACAAUUACUACUGAAUGAAUCUGAAAGUUGCAUUUGAGAAAUUGGGUGGGUGGGUGGGUGGGGGGAAUCAAAUCAACACUUUUGGUGAACCCAUUGGGGGAAUGCUUUAGUAAUGUGCUAUACAAGCAAGCAUUGAGGUUAAAUCCAGAGUUGCUACAUUCUUACUUGAUUAUUGUAGGGAAAGGAGAAAACUCGUGUUCUUGCAAUUAACAAUGCAACCCCGGUGGAUUUCAGUGGAACAUCAAUUUUAACCAGAAAUGUACUGAGAUUUUUUUUUGGAGGGGGGGGUGUUUUUUGUUUUUUUAAUGCACCCUUGUCCUUUCCUCAGAGCUUUGUAGAAAUCUUAUUUUACAAAAACAAUGUAAUAUAGGUUAGUCAAGUUUCAUGUUUUAGAUAACAAACCAAGCCAGAUGUUGCAAAUACUUGGACCUCAGGACCUUAACUAGAACGAGAACAACAGAAAGUUUUCCUUGAAUUUGAUUCAUCCUCCCCAGAUUUUUGUUUGAUGAAGUCACAACAAAAGAGAUGGAAAAACAAAAGCAGACAAAACAGGCCAAUUGCCCAGAACACAGUAGAAACUCAUAGUGGGGUAAAUCACAGUUGGGAGGGGUUGGGAUGAGCUAUGCUGGAUCACUGGUUUCAGUGGAAAGUGACAUAUUGUUCUGGUUGCCUGGGCAGUUGGGACACUGAUCUCUGCUUACUUGGUAGUUUAAGAAGCAGGGUGGUGAAGAAUAAGGGUUGUCGGAGCAGAAAUGUGAAAGGAAGAUGGGAGCUGUCCAAGGAAGCCCUUUCCAAUAGUUCCCAAGAUCACAGCAGACAAGAGUGAAAGGGAAAAUGAGUGAGGGUGAAGCCAACUUCUAGCACUCUUGCUUGGGGUUGUUUGUACUGAUACACCAUCAAUAAAAAGGACAGAAAUUUGUGCAUAAAGUUUAAAUGCAUGUGAUUCCUAUAGUUUAAAGAGAAAUGCAGAUUGCCAUUGGGAGGAUGACUGACAAGGUGACCUGGGUGCUGUCCAGGUGCUGAUUGUGGAUGAGCAAUUUCAAGGUCCUUCUUCUCCCAGCUUAUGGUUCUUGGACCCAGACAGGGCUUUAAAAAACUUGAUGCCUUCAAAUAGAGGUUUGUCCUCUGACCGCUCUUUAAAAGGAGACUGUCCUCUGUAAAGUAUGGGGCAUGAACACCCUAAGGCUAGGCCAAGUAAGCUUAUCUGCCCAGGACACUCAUGGAGUUGUAGUUCUGUGUGGAAGGUUAGGGAUAUCUAGCAGGGGCUUCCAUCUUAGAAUCAUAAAAUCAUAGAGUUGGAAGAGACCACAAGGGCCAUCGAGUCCAACCCCCUGCCAAGCAGGAAACACCAUCAGAGCACUCCUGACAUAUGGUUGUCAAGCCUCUGCUUAAAGACCUCCAAAGAAGGAGACUCCACCACACUCCUUGGCAGCAAAUUCCACUGUCGAACAGCUCUUACUGUCAGGAAGUUCUUCCUAAUGUUUAGGUGGAAUCUUCUUUCUUGUAGUUUGGAUCCAUUGCUCCGUGUCCGCUUCUCUGGAGCAGCAGAAAACAACCUUUCUCCCUCCUCUAUGUGACAUCCUUUUAUAUAUUUGAACAUGGCUAUCAUAUCACCCCUUAACCUCCUCUUCUCCAGGCUAAACAUGCCCAGCUCCCUUAGCCGUUCCUCAUAAGGCAUCGUUUCCAGGCCUUUGACCAUUUUGGUUGCCCUCCUCUGGACACGUUCCAGUUUGUCAGUGUCCUUCUUGAACUGUGGUGCCCAGAACUGGACACAGUACUCCAGGUGAGGUCUGACCAGAGCAGAAUACAGUGGCACUAUUACUUCCCUUGAUCUAGAUGCUAUACUCCUAUUGAUGAGGCCCAGAAUUGCAUUGGCUUUUUAGCUGCCGCGUCACACUGUUGGCUCAUGUCAAGUUUGUGGUCAACCAAGACUCCUAGAUCCUUUUCACAUGUACUGCUCUCAAGCCAGGUGUCACCCAUCUUGUAUUUGUGCCUCUCAUUUUUUUGCCCAAGUACAAUACUUUACAUUUCUCCCUGUUAAAAUUCAUCUUGUUUGUUUUGGCCCAGUUCUCUAAUCUGUCAAGGUCGUUUUGAAGUGUGAUCCUGUCCUCUGGGGUGUUAGCCACCCAUCCCAGUUUGGUGUCAUCUGCAAAUUUGAUCAGGAUGCCCUUGAGUCCAUCAUCCAAGUCGUUGAUAAAGAUGUUGAAUAAGACCAGGCCCAAGACAGAACCCUGUGGCACCCCACUAGUCACUCUUCUUAGCACCUCCAUUACAGUCUUGCAAGCAGGACCUAAGAGCAACAACCCCUUCUCCACUGGUGAUGCCCAGCAAUUGGUGGUCAGUCAUACUGCCUCCAGCUGGGGAGGUAGAACAUAGCAGUGCAAUUCCCAGGACUCCUGGUAGGAAGUCAGGCCAAACAAAACAAGCCUAAAACUGAUUUGUGUGUGUUACAUGAGUUGUAAAUUGGCCCUCUGUCUUUGCUUUUAUAUAAGGUUCCAGAGAUGUGAGGACACAGGUUCUGCUGCUUUGCAGUUCAUGCAUCUGUCAGUAUUUGCGUUAUUUAGCUUCAUUAUUAUAUUGAACAGAGUAUUGAGCAAAUGAUUGCCAGGGGCUUAUUUAGCCAAGAGUGCUGGGGAAAAAAGGAAUGGAGGUUUGCCUGAAGUUUCCAAUUCUUAAAAAAGAACAGCAGAAAGUAGAGGGAAUAAUAGUUGUUUACCUUGGCCAUUGACUUUGGACCAGACACAUUUAGUGUUAAAGUGCUGGACUGCAAAUAUAAUUAGAUAUUAAGAAAUAAAGUUGGUAGUGCCCUGUCUGUGGACGUGCCCUUACAAGUAUGACAAGCACUGACGCUGUUAGCAUUUCUGGGCCAAGUUAAGAUUUAUUUGCCCAGGUAUUUGAAGUUUUGUAAAUUGAUGAGUAUUUCAUCUGUUGUCUCUCUCUCUGUGUUUUUUUUUUUUAAUAAGAUUCUUCCAUUGUUGGAUAUUGCAUUUUAGUAUCUGUUAACUGCUAUUUUAUGAUUUAGUAGGUGGUUUUAAUGGGUGCCCAUCAACAUAGUAUGUUGAUGAAGGGAAGGUUCAUGAUAAAAAAAAUAUUUUAAAAGAGAAGUAAAUGAGAUCUCACUAAGCCAAAUAGCAGCUUUGGGGAGGGUGAUGAAGAGGAAGAAGAAGAAGAAGAAGAAGUGGAAAGGAUGAAUAAGAGGGAUGAGAAAAAGUUAACAUCUCUGCGUAUUUGUUUCUCCAUCCCACUUAGAAUAGAAGUGGGCAUGUCUUGCCCAUAUAAGAAUACACGAGAAAAGGUUGCUGCUGCAAGGCAGGGAAAGUGCAGAAAAGGGAAAUGUGAAAUACUCUCACACUCCCUGCUCUGCUUAUAUCACGGCCAUGUGCAAAUCAGUGGUCAUUGGUGCCCAUUCGGACUGGCAGGGCAGAAGGCAGAGAGACCAACAGUGGUAGAGGCAAGCCAAUGACAGGCAAAGCCAUGAAGGUGGAGACUAGCUGAGGGAAGACAGAGGCUGGAAGUGUAGUGCCCCAUUUGCCCCAAUGGACCAAGCUCCGCUGAUUCAAAUCCCCUUUAAAGGCACUUCAGGAAUUGAAUCGGCUUUCUCGAGACAGGGAGCUUGCACCUCUCCAUGUGUUUUUGAAGAAUGAGCAUCAUUAGGCACUCAAGUUCUUUAGAUCUGGCAAGGAACUGGGGUAGAUUGGUGUGCUGCCCUCAGCAGCAAGUUUCCCAAAGAGAAGGAAUGCAGCAGAUCUGGAGCUUUAGAACACGGAGUGGCAAAUGCUUGCCUUUCUGGGGUCACCUGAGACCAGGAGCAUGCUCAGUAAGGGUGCUAGACUGUCCGCCUUGAAUUGCCUGUGAUUCCUGAUUCUGGCUAGCAGCCAGAACACCACUACCCAGAAUCCUCUGGUGAUCCCAGAGAGGCUGUCCCAUUUGCAAAGCUCUUGGUGGCUCAUCUGCAAAGCUCCCACUUGGAGCCUCCUCCUUCAGAAUAGCUCAUCCUAUUUUAAAGCAGGAGAGUGGACUAAAUUAUCUAUCUGCAUCCUUUCAGCUAUUAUGAGUCUUAAAUGCAAGCCAACAUUUUCUAGAUGAAAUUUGGCCUUGUAUCUUCUUUCAUUCUCUGAUUCUAUUAAAAAAAACCAAAAACCCACACACAAUCAGAUGCAGACGCCAGAACCAGAAAAAUUAGCCCCCUUGUAUGAUUCAGGAUAAAGCUUUCCCAAUGAAUGGUAACAAAAUCAGACGUUUUAGUACAAGACCAACCCGGCAGGGAUAGGCAGCCUUUCUGCAUUCUGCCAUUUAUCCUUGCAGUAAAGCUGUUCUUAAAAUUGGUAAAACUCACCGAACAAAUCCCUGUAACCAACUGCAGGGGUAAAGUUCCUAAUUCACUGCAAUGUUGGCUGUAGACUGUCCUGAUGCUCAAUUCUCUCAGCAAUGCAGGGAUGUGUGCAAAACGUGCAUAAUAAAGCACAGAAAUUCUGUCCUCGUUUAGCUGCGGUUUUGUAACUAGCUUGUGAAAUGUUUGGGGAUUCCUCAGAAAGGCCCUAUAGAUCUUCAUAAGGCUAGGUCCCAUAAUUUAAAGCAGCAUUUUCAGCAAAGCCAUUUGACACCUAGAGUUGUUGUUUGUCACAACCAGGCACUUCUGUAAUUACUUUUUGUUUUACGGUGCAUUUUGUAAAAGCAGUAAACUAAAAUCCAAUGUACUAUAAGAGAUUCAAUAUAUGGCCUUCCUAGUCACUGUAGAAUUCAGAGAGGCCUUUUUUAUUCAUAGGCUACUAUGCAGCUAAAGUAUUUGCCAGCCACUUGAAUAGCAUUUUUUGGCCAAGAAGUACAAUAUGAAUCCUGGGGGGAAAUAAACGUUUAGGAAGUAUAGCCAAAACAAAGUUCGUUGUAAAUUUGCAGCAUAGUGAUGCUUCAAAAGGCUUUUUUUAAAAAUGCAACAUACAUCCAAAGCUGUAACAAUGGAAAAAGUUCCUCCCAAAUUAAUUUCAGCUUUGGUUUUAAUACUGUAGCAAAACAUACACAAUGUGUCUUGUUAUCAGGACAGAAGCUUCAAAAUGCUGCUAAAUAUAUAUCUUGAAAAUUCUUAAUUUUGAAGAAGAGGAAUUUACUGGCUAUGCUUGAAACCCACACCUAACUAUCCAAAUUUAAGCAGGUGUGGUGGUCACUCCCCCUCCCCUUUUCUGUACACCCAAAGCUGCUCUCCCCUCAAACCCAUGAACCUAUACUGAUAAAGGUAAAGGUAAAGGGACCCCUGACCAUAAGGUCCAGUUGUGACCGACUCUGGGGUUGCGGCGCUCAUCUUGCUUUACUGGCCGAGGGAGCCAGCAUACAGCUUCCGGGUCAUGUGGCCAGCAUGACUAAGCUGCUUCUGGCGAACCAGAGCAGCGCACGGAAAUGCCAUUUACCUUCCCGCCGGAGCGGUACCUAUUUAUCUACUUGCGCUUUGACGUGCUUUCGAACUGCUAGGUUGGCAGGAGCUGGGACCAAGCAAUGGGAGCUCACCCCGUUGCGGGGAUUCGAACCGCCGACCUUCUGAUUGGCAAAUCCUAGACUGUGUGGUUUAACCCACAGUGCCACCCGCAUUUCUAACCUAUACUGAUACAUUUCAAUAAAUGUUUUAAGUGGUGAAUAUCCAUACACACAUGAAAUUGUGGUGGCAACUGCACCUACAUUGUUUGAGAAUUCCACCAUUCAUCUCUGUUAGAAAAGUUCAGUGAAACCCAAUAUCUGUUUUCCAAAAUCAGAGAGCUCCAGAUAUGCUCCAGUAGGAUACUUUGCAUAUUCCCUCACUCACUUCAAACAUAGGAGACAGUUUUGUGAAUGUAUUAUAAUGUGUCAACUCAGAUCACGGACUUUCCACCCUGACAUGAGCUGGACAUUGUAUAGAUGGGGACGCUCUUAAGUGUGUGUUCUGCAUUGAUACGCAACAAAUAUUAUUCUGGCAUUCUGAAGAGAUUAAUUGCGAUGGAUAGCUCAAAGUCUUCAACAUGGGAGAGGCAUCUGCCAGUCUUUAGCAAAGACAAUAUGCUGCAGCAGGACAAUACUCUGCCAUUUUCCUCCAUCAGUGGAUGAGGUGAACAGACUUCCCUAAUCUGGUGCCUUCCAGCUGUUUUGGACUACAACUCCCAUAAGCCCCAGGCAGCAUGACCAGUGGUCAAGCGUUAUGGGAGCUGUAAUCCAAACCAACUGGAAGGCACUAGCUGAGUGAGUCAUUCAAAGAACUUCACAUAUAAGGGUCCCUCCCUCCCUCCUUACUGUACUCGUACUUUUUUUGGUCACUUUUGCAAACGGAAGACAGAGAACAGUUGCUGAUGUUAAUAGGGAUAUAUAUUAUAUGUUAUUGUGUUCUUCCUUCAAGGGUUUGAAGGAAAUAUACACAGUUCUCCCCUGCCAUUUUAUAUUUACAACAACCCUGUGAGGUAGCUUAAACUGAGAGGCAGUGACUGGCUUCAUGGCUCAGGGAAGGAUUUUAUCUUGAGUCUCCUUGCACCCCUACUCCCCACUGACUUCCCACAGUCAUUUUCUUCAGAGUUUUAAAAAAAGUGAUGCUGCGCUUGGUGUGUACUGCAAAUUCCUCUUUGGCCCCUGAUUAAAGGUUUUGUAUUGUUUAAAAACCUGCAAACACUAUUUGACCUGAGGCAACGGGGGCAAAUGGAAGAGAUGUCUGUACACCAUGACAGCUAAUGGUUCUCUGUGAAAGCACUUUCAGCUUUCUUUAAAAUGGUUCUCUGCCUCAUGCCAUACCCUUUCUUUAUGAAGAUAUUGUAAAGUAUUCUCUCUGCCUCCUUCUUCAUUAGAUUUGCUUCUUUUCCAAGACCGGGAAAUAAAUUUACACAGGGACUGAAUCAUAAAAACUCAGUCUCCCUGUUGUGAAGAGACACUCUCAGAGAUCUCCAUUUCCACGGGUGAGAUCCAUGCAUCCCAGAGCCAUCAGUGAUAAGGAGAAUUUGUAUCAGGAGCUACAUUUCACUUGAUGUCAAAACUAAUCCAUCGGUUUUAAUUACAGAAAUGGAAGGAGCUCAUUAAGGGCAAACCUCGUUGACGUAAGAUUCUUUCCCACAGAACAUUCACCAGUGUGUUGUUGUUUUUUAAUAUUUCAGAUGAAAAGCUCUGCACUCCCCCAGUAGCUAAUAACUCCCAAUAUUUUGUUUCUGAUCAAGCCACAUAAACCAUGCCCACCAAUAACUUUGGUGAUCGCUUUCUAUUUCAGUACUUCUGAAGUUGUGGAACAGAGAAGUAUUAAAGGAAAGAAGGAACUAGGGCACAUACUAGUCUGGUGCAGUACUUGGAGUGUUUGAUUUGGAUGUGGGGAUGCUAGGUUUUAAUACCCAAUCAGCCCCGGAGGUCUCAACCCAACCUACCUUUUAGGGUCAUAGUGCAGCAGAAAUGCCCCUCUGAGCUUCUUGGAGGAUACAGAUAUAAUACAUAUCCUUUUCUGUAGUUUCACAAAUCCAACAUGCAAAUAUGCUGCCAGCAUGAGUCAGACAAAGGCAAACACAAAUUCUUGCUUGACUGAAUACUCUCCCAUAUCGUUUGGUCAGAUGGGGUGAUCAAAAGCAGGAUGCAAGCCCAAUAACCCUCUCCUGCAGUUGUUGCUCACCAUGUUCAGAAUCAUAGUGCCUUUGAUCACAGAGGCAUUCUAUAGCCAUCAAGACUGGGAGACAUGGUAGGUUCACUCUUCUUGUUUGGAACUAUUGGCAGUGGGACCAAGGAUGGUGAAGUACUGAGGAAGUGCUAAGCACUGAAUCCUGAAGGUUCUUAGAAAGUCCUUAACCAGAUCCUUGAGUUCUCAACUCUGGAUGAGCCUUCCCUGCUCAGGGAGAGAGCUCUGGCAUACAGUGUCGUCAUAGUGCUCCCAAAUUAUGGAGACAUCUGAUUGCUUUGACAGUUUUGGAAUCUGCUUUACCAUAUGUGCCUAAUACUUUUUGGGGGAACAGUUGUAUGCCCAUUUUGCUAGAGAUCAAACAUCCAUCACUAAUCCAUGAGUAAUCUACUCUGGAUAAAAUGAUUCACCUCUACCUUGGUUGAUGUUUUAGUGUGGAUAUAUUGGGAUGGUGACCAAUGUGGUGAAGCUACCAUAGUGUGACCUUUGAAGAUAGUUGCCAGCUUUUGACACACCACAGAUCAUAACAUGCUUGUGACACCAGAGUAACCUCCUGAUCAAUAACAUGUCAAAACACAGCCUGUGAUGGCUUCACUACAACAGUCACCAUCUCAAGUGGCUUCCCAAAUUCAUGUUGUUGCUUUUCAAUAACAUGCAUGCAAGCAUUUCACUCCCUGUGCAAAAGGGGGUGUCAUCCUUGGGGAAGCAUAGCCAGUUGGGGGAAGGCAUCUGUGAAAAAGACACCAUUUUAUGUAAUGCUCUACAUGUGAGUUGCAUCUUGUGUCUUACGCAAUAAGGCUUUCUGUAAAAGAAUUAGAUAACAGUUAAAGUGGCCCAGAGUGGAUUUUUCAAGUGGCACAAUAAGAAAAAUGUACUCUUUCAUUUUAUUGCCAACCAACAUAACAAAGAGAUGAGAUUUCAGACUACCAGUCAACACAUUCCAGGGACUCACUCACAAAUGGAGCUAUGCUUUCCCCCAGAGAAAACCCAUAAUAGUUAUGGAACACUGGAAUCAGAUUCUAGACAGAGCCAAGCUCUUUUCUUCUUCUGAGCUUGGAAUUUUAAAUAAAUAAAUAACAUGCAAACAGCACAUAUUUCAUGCAGGUAAACAUGCUGAAUCAAGCAAAUUGCAUCUCUUGCCAAAACAAUUAAUAGUCCAAUCAGUUCAGCUUCACUGAGACCAUCAAAAAUGGCAGGUGAAAUGCCCAGCAAAAUAAAAUCCGAUGUCAGGGUGGGAGGGAGGCUCACAUCACUCACAUGGAAGGCUAAAUCAUUCACAAUUUUUCAGCAUCGCCAUCCCCAUUACUAUGAGAUUACACAAACAGGUGUGAGAGAGACAGGGAGCGAGGGAGGGGGAGAGAAGACAAUGAUAGACUGCGGUUACUUGUUGUCAAGGCUUGCAUAUGAUGUCCAGUUGGGCACUGGAAAUGACUAGAAACCACUUUAGGCUUCCAGUUCUUCUCCCUAUUCUGUUUCUCUCUCAAAGUUGUUUCCUUAUAAGCAGCUUUAGGCAGAAUUAAAAUUGCACCAAAGCUUUACAAACCACAAAUAGUUUGUGUAAUGAAAGAGAAUUCACCGGCACACUUCCCAAGAAGUGUCAACUAGCCAGGUACCAAACAAUGCAGACUUCCCUUUCUAAAAAGCUCAUUGGAUUCCUUCUUUUUAGAUAGUUUUUCAAUGUAGUCCUAUAUUAUAUUACAUAACACAGGAGGUAAUUGCUUCCAGGAAAUACCGGGAGCAGGAGAGUGUUGGAUUAGACAAGAAUCAUAGGCUUUUGCUAGUCUUAAUGUCUCCUUGAAGACAAACACAAUUUCAGUUUUUUAAAAAUCCAUUGGGGAAAUGCUUUAUGGCGUCCUUUUACUGCCCUUAGAGAAGAGAAAUUGCACAAAGGGUUUCAGCUUUCCCCGUGUUUCAGCCUGGCCAGUGGAACAGUAAGUACAUUAGUUGCUUUUGUCACUGGUCUGCAUUCACUCUUUCUAAAUUUCUAAGCAAAUCCCUAGCUUUUACCAUGAUGGCCAAAAGAAAUCUUGCAGACUCUCUUGACAACAGUUAGAAUUUAAGAUGACCGUACGAUCCAUCGUUCUUAGUAUUCAAUGAGACUGUGAAUGUUAAUUUCCAGGCAUGUAUAAAGUUCCUUAACGGAGCAGAGAAAACCCAAUCAAAUGGAGAAAAAUGCUUAUACACAGGUGUAAGAUUGCCAGAGCCAGAGAGAACAUAAGAAAAGCUCUGCUGGAUCAAACCAAACACCCAUCUAGUCCAUCAUCCUAUUUUCACAGUGGCCACGCAUAUGGCUUUGUGAAACCCGCAAGCAGAACCUGAGUGCAAGCAGGAUUUGUGUUGUCUACUUGCAGUGCCAGUGGGUAGCUUUCUUUCUUGCACCUCUACCCAGCUUUGGGAAUGAAGGAGGAGGGCUGCAGGAUCUCUUAAUCCAGAAUGCGGCAGCAAGACUGGUGACUGGGGGCGGCGGUCGAGACCACAUAACACCAGUCUUGAAAGACCUACAUUGGCUCCCAGUACGUUUCCGAGCACAAUUCAAAGUGUUGCUGUUGACCUUUAAAGCCCUAAACAGCUUCGGCCCAGUAUACCUGAAGGAGCGUCUCCACCCCCAUUGUUCUGCCCGGACGCUGAGGUCCAGCUCCAAGGGCCUUCUGGUGGUUCCCUCAUUGCGAGAAGCAAAGCUACAGGGAACCAGGCAGAGGGCCUUCUUGGUAGUGGCGCCCACCCUGUGGAAUACCCUCCCACCAGAUGUCCAAGAGAUAAACAACUACCUGACAUUUAGAAGACAUCUGAAGGCAGCCCUGUUCAGGGAAGUUUUUAAUGUGUGACAUUUUAAUGUAUUUUUAAUCUUUGAUGGAAGCCGCCCAGAGUGGCUGGGGAAACCCAGCCAGAUGGGUGGGGUACAAAUAAAUUAUUAUUAUUAUUAUUAUUAUUAUUAUUAUUAUUAUUAUUCCCCUCACAACUCCAUCUCAAAGCCUGGGAAGCUUCUGUUCAGCUUAGGGAGGUGCAAUGCUCUGGCAGGGGCUGAGAGGCCAGUUUCUCAAAACACACAUAACCUCUUUCUCCUCCAGGUAGACAAGCAAGAGUAAUGAUCAGAGUUCAAGGACACAUUCCAGCCUGGCAAAAAUACUCCAGGAGGGUGUGAAGUGUGAGGGGUGUGGCCUGGGGGAGAGUAGGAGGUGUGGCUGGAGGGGGCAUGUAGCUUUGGGAGAGUCCCAAGGGUCAGACAGGCCUGGAGGGUGGCAUUUGGCCCUGGGCCUAAGGUUGCUCACCUCUAAGGUUCCUCUAAGGAUUGCUGCAGGAUUAUAUUAUGUGUAACACUAGAGUGUGACUGAUAAGCUUCAUAUCCUGUUAUUCCGAAUCAUUUGUAAUUAAGAACACUAAUUGUGACAGGAUGGCAGUUCCAUGCCUACAGGAGCUAUGGGCAUUCCCUGUUCCGUUCUCAAUCCCAGUGGCAUUUAUUGUCCAUAUUAAGUGAGAAUGGCCAUGGUACUGGAUCCCCGAAGAUCUAGCUUCCAUUAUGGUUUUGCUCAGCAUUACACAACAUUGUGGCCAUCACUGCUUGCAAUAACAAUUUCAUAGGAUUAAAAUGUUGCUAAAGACUCUGUGUAGCAGAUGGCAGAAUUUGAUCUUCUGGCUGCAACUUAAUUAAAGCGGCGCGUUGACGGUGACCAUGAUCAACUUAGGGAAGAAGGCCUUUGACCCAUUGGCUACUUCUCUGCAAAUAUCUGCAAAUGUUUUCCAUUUACUCAUCUCAGAUUCUGGAGUCUGUCCAGCAGUAGCAGAAGAGGAAGGCAAUGGGUGCAGCAGAAUGUCUAGGAAUUUGGUGGGUAAUGUAAUGCUAAAGCAGGGGGGGAAAUGACGGUUUUUAAAGUUGUUCUGAGUAGGAGUGAGAAAGAGACUUGUUAUCACCUUACAGAGAUUACAGAAAGACUGUUCCUGCCCUCUGGCUUAGAAUUUGAGGCCUGGUGCUUACAAAUAUCAUUUGUGGGAGAUAAACCUGUCUGUGGACUGUACUGUUUCAAACUAUGUGUGUGGACUCAUGUGAGUGAAUGUAUCUCUAAUAUUCCCUGCACAUAGAAAACCCUCUUAUCAGGGAGAAGGGUUGGUUUAUUCCAGUAGUCCUCAACAUUUUCAGGCCCAGGACAUCUAAUCCUAACCAGCAUUUGGGGACCCAUGUUUUAAUCUUUUCCCAUACAUUUGCAUGGUGGUAGUGCUCUUGUUGAGACCCACCUCAGAUCAAGCUGUGUCCCACUAGUGGGUUCCAACCCACCAGCUGAAGACCAGCAGUUUAUUUUAUUUAUUUAUAAAAAAAAAUAUUUACAUACCACUAUUCAUUAAAAAAAAUCUCAGAGCAGUUUCCAACUGUCACACAUAAAACCAUACGAUAAAACCCAUGUAAAUAAAUAUACAGUCAUACCUCAGGUUAUGAAUGCUGUGGGUUGCCUGUUUUCAGGUUGCGGACUGUGCCGAACCCGCAAGUACCGGAAUGGGUUACUUCCAGGUUUUGGCACUUGCGCAUGCGCAGAAACACAAAAUGACGUCACACGCGUGCACAGAAGCUCCUAAUCGCAUCACGUGCAUGCGCAGACGUGGCGCAUCAGGCUGCGAACGCUGCGGGUUGUGAAUGUGCCUCCCACACGGAUCAUGUUCGCAACCAGAGGUAUGACUGUAUAUAUAAUAAAAUUAGAAAUCAGCCUUAAUGGAAAGAUGUAUUCUUAGUUGCCCGCAGAAGCCUGGAGGAAUGGAAACACUUUCAGCUGGCAUUUAAUGGUCUAAACCAGGCAUGGCCAAACUUGGCCCUCCAGCUGUUUUGGGACUACAACUGCCAUCGUCCCUAGCUAACAGGACCAGUGGUCAGUGUUGAUGGGAAUUGUAGUCCCAAAACACCUGGAGGGCCAAGUUUGGCCAUGCCUGGUCUAAACAGAAGGAACCUGCUGAAUUGCUUUGGCAUAACAAUCCCACAGGACUGGGCUGAUGACCCCAAAGGCUCCAUUUCUUGUUUUUGUCAAAUGAGCCUCAUCAGGUUGAGGAACAAGUUGUUAACCCAGCCUCUGAAUGCUGAAGGUCCCAGGUUCAAUCCCUAGUAUCCCCAGAAAGGGCUAGAAAAGACUCCUUUCCUUUUAUUCUGGAAAGUCACUACCAGUCAGUGCAGAAUAUUGAGUUAGAUAGGUUAAUGGUCUGACACAGCUUCCUAUGUUCUCUCUCUCUCUCUACGUGUGAAUGAAACAUUCAAUCCUGUGAGCCCUGCCCCCCAAAAGCCCACCAGCAGUCAGAAGUGGAACAGUCCACAAGCCAGUUUCCCACACCAUAUGCAUUUAUGCAGUGCUUUUUCUGGGGUUAAAGGUAAAGGGACCCCUGACCAUUAGGUUCCGUCGUGGCCAACUCUGGGGUUGCGGCGCUCAUCUCGCUUUACUGGCCGAGGGAGCUGGCGUACAGCUUCCGGGUCAUGUGGCCAGCAUGACUAAGCCGCUUCUGGCGAACCAGAGCAGCGCACGGAAACGCCGUUUACCUUCCUGCUGGAGCAGUACCUAUUUAUCUACUUGCAUGUGCUUUUGAACUGCUAGGUUGGGACCGAGCAACGGGAGCUCACCCCAUCGCAGAGAUUUGAACUGCCGACCUUCUGAUCAGCAAGCCCUAGGCUCUGUGGUUUAACCCACAGCGCCACCUGCGUCCCUUAACAUUUUGUGAAUUUGUGUACUUUUGUCCAUUUGCUGUAUUUAUUUCCCCCGAUUUGAACUAUAAAAUGGUGGUUUUCUUGAGUCAAAAUGAGAGUACCCCUAAACAUAUUUUAAGGAAAAAAGCACUGCAUUUAUGGAGCUAUUAGAGAAACAAAGAAAGGUGACAAAAAGGAAAGGGAUAAAGAAGGGUGAACAAAUCUCAGAUUCAUGGUGUUUAGUUGUUGUUUUUUUGCUAGAACCCAAGAUCUACUAACCAGGUGGAAAAGAAUGGCUGAGUGGGGCAACACACUUUUAGAAUUAAGGAGCAGGGAGCCUCUGAGCAAACUGAAUUUGUUUUCAAUACCAAAACUGAAUGCACAGCCCUUUCACACAAAACCCCUCUUCAGUUUCCCCCCAAACUUCCAUCUCUGAUAUCACCAGCUUAAUUUAGAAAAGGAGGGAGGGGAAGACGCUUUGUUGUCACUGUUGUUAAACAGUUGGGAGUCAGAAGCCUUACUUAUCUGCUGCAAAUUACUUCUUGAUCUAUCCUGCAGAGGCUGGUCCAUUUGAACAAAGGCGACACUGCCCCAGCAAUCUCAGUGCAUCCUCAGCUGGGCCCCACCUGCCUGCCUUUGAACUUACAACCAGUCAGGGCAUGGCUCUGUCUGUAAUUGGCUCUGGCUCCACCUACUGUUGGCCUCCCUGCCUUCCACCCUAUCAGUUCCAAUGGACACCAGGCACCACCGGACCUGCCAGUAGAUUCUGAUUUACUCCUGGAAAAGAGGAAACAAAUUGUACCUAGAAGCCCUGACAAUAGGGUGAAUUACGCUUUUUGCAAUGCAGCAUGCACAUGUGUUAUUCAUGUUAUGGGGCACCUGUGUGCGUGGCAAGCAAAGUCCAAGAGCAACCAAGCCAUUGGAUUUUUCUGCAGUCCUUGUUAAAGCUAUCCAUUCUCAGAUGCUUAUGAGAUCGAUGACACAACCUUUAACUCUUUAGCUGUCUCUUCCAGUUUUUAUUGAUGUGUCUUCUCCACUCCCCCCCCCCCUUUUCGCAGCUUCUCACAGAUGCCAACAGCUUCAGGGAAAUAUGAUACCAAUGAUAACAUCACCAUCUUCACUAGGAUUCUGGACGGCCUGCUGGAUGGAUAUGAUAACAGGCUUCGUCCAGGCCUGGGAGGUACAACAGAUGUUCCUACAAGCAUGCCAUUGUAGGGGAAAAUGUUUAAAACAGCAUGCAGUCGUGUCCCAGUAAGAGAUGACCAAAGAUGUGUUUAGGGAGCAGUGGGAGAUGGUUAAGAGAUCUCCAGAAGGUGUGCUGAAAGCAGCAGAAGAGUGCCACAAAAAUCCCCUGGUGCUUUUGUUUUCUCACUGGUUGUAUGUUAAAGAUUUCCCCAUUUUCAAGUUAGAAAAAGCAUCCCCGGCCCACAGAGUUUGUAAUCCAUUGCAUCGUUCUCAGAGCAGACCCAGAGAAGUCAGAUCACCUCCUCAGUGUGUACAUCGGCCUUGCAACCAGACAAGGAAGUUGGGGAGGGUGGGAGGAGAACACUGAUUUUAAGUUAUAAUGGCUUUGCUGCAAGACUGUAUGAAAGCCACUUGUUAUACUGUUUAUUAUUUAAAUCCCACAUUUUCAGAGAUGCUUCAAUAUAGAUUUAAAGCAAUGCAACAACAAAAAAUGAGAACUGAACAAUUAAACAACACCAGCCACAAUGUAGUGGAGACCAAGUAAUAGAAUGACUUGUCAAAGGUUGCAAAAUGACCCAGUAAAUGAAUGCUUUCAGUCACUUCCUAAAGGCCAUUAGGCAUUAUUGGAACAGGAACAGGAAGUGGGUUCAGCUGUCAAGGUGCCACCACUGUCGAGGCCGUGCCCCUCACAACCAUCCACAACCCCUACAAUAGUUUGAGUAGUCAGAUACUCUGGACAGCUCCAUACAGGCUCAGGCUGGAGACUCCAAAAAAGUUCAGAAGCAACCAUAAUCAGAAUAAACCUUAAAUAGGAAGCACUGACCUAUCCUAAUAUCUAGCUCUGCCUUCAGUGAGAGAUACCUUUUCAUUUGAAGAGGAUCCUCAUCCACUGAAAAAGUGGAUUUUGAACCCAGGGUCAUCAUACUUACCUACAGAGUAGGUUCUUCCUUUCAGUAUCUGGAUAGAAGUCAUAUAGAAUAUUCCCUUUACAGUGGUACCUCGGGUUAAGAACUUAAUUCGUUCCGGAGGUCUGUUCUUAACCUGAAACUGUUCUUAACCUGAGGUACCACUUUAACUAAUGGGGCCUCCCACUGCUGCCACACCGCCGCCACAUGAUUUCUGUUCUCAUCCUGAAGCAAAGUUCUUAACCCGAGGUACUAUUUCUGGGUUAGCGGAGUCUGUAACCUGAAGCGUCUGUAACCCGAGGUACCACUGUAUCUGUUUUUGGUUAAUUGCAAAUCAGUUGCCUCUCAAAUCUCAGAAUGCUCUAUCUUGUAAAUCAAUAACCUAAAUAUCUGAUAGUGUUACUAUAGCCCCAGGCUGUUAUGUAUAUCACAUUACCAAGAAAACAUCACCAAGAUUUCUAGGAUUUUCUGAUAUCUGAAAAGAUUUGUCCUGUAAAAUCAAUAUACCAUAUCUAAAUUACUAAGCUGAAUAGUUGGCAAAACUUGCGUUUGCUUUAAUGACCUAGGCUUUGUUAUGACGUUAUCAUUCCACAAAGCAAGCAAGAAUAGAAUAGAAUCCUUAAGGGGAGAGGGGAAAACACCCUCCAUGAGCUUUAAGCAGUGUUGAAAAAGAUCAGAGCUUCAGUUUUUAGUACAACCACGUGAAUACUAACAAAUGCAGCCACUUGUGAAAUUUGACGUUGUUAAAUGUUAUCAUUUAAUUUUACCAGUCCAGCUGUUUUUGAAGCUGGGCAGACAUAACUAAUGUCCUCUUUGUACCAGAGCUAAAGACCAUUCAUUUCAUUCACUCUUCUGAUGGUUGUGGGGACUAGGCUGCUAAUGCAGGCAUGCAGAAACUUGGCGUGUACAGUGACCCAUUUUCUUUCAAUGGAAGGGCACCUCUGUGUCUGUACCCCUCUUUGCACAUCUAUUGAAGCAGCCCACACAUUCAGGAGCUCCACAUAGUGUGCCUAGUUACAUGUACUUAAAAGUAAAGGGACCCCUGACCAUUAGGUCCAGUCGUGACCGACUCUAGGGUUGUGGCACUCAUCUCGCUUUAUUGGCCGAGGGAGCCGGCGUGCAGCUUCCAGGUCAUGUGGCCAGCAUGACUAAGCCGCUUCUGGCAAACCAGAGCAGCGCACGGAAACGCCGUUUACCUUCCCGCCAGAGCGGUACCUAUUUAUCUACUUGCACUUUGGCGUGCUUUCAAACUGCUAGGUUGGCAGGAGCUGGGACCAAGCAACGGGAGCUCACCCCAUCGCGGGGAUUCAAACUGCUGACCUUCUGAUCGGCAAGUCCUAGGCUCUGUGGUUUAACCCACAGUGCCACCCGCAUCCCCCUACGUGUACUUAGGCUUGCUGAAUUGCCAGACUUCCUUGCUUGCAUUAGUCUUGUAGGCAGAGGUGAUCUACUGCUGCUAUAGUGGUACCUCAGGUUACAUACGCUUCAGGUUACAGACUCCACUAACCCAGAAAUAUUACCUCGGAUUAAGAACUUUGCUUCAGGAUGAGAACAGAAAUCGCACGCUGGCAGUGCAGCGGCAGCAGGAGGCCCCAUUAGCUAAAAUGGUGCUUCAGGUUAAGAACAGUUUCAGGUUAAGAACAGACCUCCAGAACGAAUUAAGUUCUUAACCCGAGGUACCACUGUACGUACUUCUGCAAUGUAUCUUUAGCAUCAACAAAGUGCUAAGUGCUGUCCUCAACACAGAAACAAUAUGGUAAUUGCCCAAAAGCCGCAUAGCAUUAAAUGGAAGAGUCAGGAUGCCACUGAAGGGGAAAACCUUUCUUUGCUUUGCUAUUGCUAUAAGAUUAGGGGCUCCUCGGUGCAAAUUGCCAGCUGAUGGAGCAGUCUUAAUUGUUUACAUUUCUUUGUUGUAGAGAGAAUAACAGAGGUGAAAACAGACAUCUUUGUCACCAGUUUUGGCCCUGUGUCAGACACCGAAAUGGUAGGUUGCAAUGCUGUGAUUCUAAAUGUCCCCUGCUGCUAUCGCUAGAAUAAUCUGGAGGACUGGUUCAUUCUUAUGAGCUACGGCACUUAUACAAUGGUCUCUGUUUUACGCCAGGAAUAUACUAUUGAUGUUUUCUUCCGGCAAAGUUGGAAAGACGAAAGGCUUCAAUUUAAAGGUCCCAUGCAACGCCUGCCUCUGAACAACCUCCUUGCCAGUAAGAUCUGGACUCCGGACACCUUUUUCCACAAUGGUAAAAAAUCUAUCGCCCACAACAUGACCACUCCUAACAAGCUUUUGCGCCUUGAGGAUGACGGGACCCUUCUCUACACAAUGAGGUGAGGAUGAGUCUUGUGGGUUUCUUUUGACGCUUGUUCUGUGAUAGGUCCCCAUUUGUGCUGCCCUGUGUUCUUCACAGGAGAGUCAAGGGGGGAAAGUCUCUUGCAUGAGAACAUCAAAAGAAAGCAGAAGGCAUAAUCAUGCCUUAUAACUAGCAAUUAACAUACGGCUUCUGAACAAUGCCGAUCUUUUAAAAAAAAUUAUCUGAAAAGUAGAUGAUGCAGACUUUUCUUUCUUUCUUUCUUUCUUUCUUUCUUUCUUUCUUUCUUUCUUUCUUUCUUUCCAAAAGACUAGUACUUUCCCAUUGUAUUUGUAGCUGUGAUUUUGAUCUAAGCCAGAAAGUUGAAUCUGUCACUGGUUUGGUACUUAUUGAACAAUCAAAUACUAGGUUUUUCUUUUCUUCCUUGACUUUUACUAAUCCUAAUUAACAGACCAUGAUGUUAAAGCUUUGGCAAGCGCAUGAGAGAGGCUUCAUUUUAGCAGGUGGCCUUUUUCAGAUCAAGCGAGUGCUUUUUAAAAGUCUUUGUAAGUUAGAUCAAUAUCCAUAUCUUUCAUAGCUCUGGUCCUUUCUGAUCUAGUGAUAUUGGAAAGACAUACUUUUGCCCUGCAAUUUGUAAAGGUGGUGGAAUGGAUUAUAAGCCUCUCUGUGGCCUGAUUAUUAUUAUUUUUUAUUCUCAUUGCUAAUAAAUAGGAUGGAAUGUAAGCCCCUCUGUCGCCUGACUGUUGUUGUUAUUGUUGUUCUAAUUGCAAAUAAGUGUUCUGUAAUAGUUACUUAGGAGCAACAAUUGCAUCAGAAGUGUGGUCACACAGACAAAAAUCUAUAGGAAAAUUAAUGCAUUGCAUAUCAUGUACAGCUGCCUGUAAAAUAUGAUUAAUGACAAAUGAUAGUGGCAAACUCUGGAAUUGGCUGGACUUGUAAUAGUGAACUUAUUAUGAGUUCUUCUCCCAUCUCCUGAACUCAUUGGGAACUCAUGUAAAGUUUCGUCCUGGCUCAUUGUGACUUUGCUAGCACCAUCACAUUUCUGCUGAUGCAGACAUCCUUUUGCAAAACUUAUCUGGAAGUGGCUGCAGCAACAAAAAAUACGGUAACUUUCCUGUGAGGUUUCUGUACCUAUCAGAGUUUUCUCAUUGCUAGUAACAGCAUGGUGUAAUAGUGGCUAAGAGACUGAGCUAUGAUUCAGGAAGUCCCCAGUUCACAUCUAGCUUCUGCAGUGAACCUCCUAGGUGGCCUUAACCAAUCCGCUCUCUCAGUUCCCUCAUCUGACAACUCACAACUCUGAACCAAGUUACCUGAAAGUCUAUCUCUGUCUGUAUAGAUCUGUAAGAGCACUUAGAUCACCUGAUGCAACUCUAGCUGUGGCACUGCAUCCUAGAGAGUAUCAUCGUGCAGUGACCUGAGAAUGCUUGCCUCAGGGAGCAGAGCCCUAGAACCCUUUGAGUCCAUUAUAGUUUAAGAGCACCUCAUCAAUUCCUAUCAUGGUUUGCAGCAGGGAAGGACUUUCCCCACUCUUUAUGAGGCUGAUCGCUACUUCACCAGUCUUAGGAUAUUUCCGUUCCACCUUAAAAGGGAGCAGGCUUUGUGAGUCACAGAGUCUGCGCAUUUCCUGUUCACAGGAUGUUUAUGUUUUCUGUUGCUUUCGUUUCUCUCUGUGUGUGUCUGGAGACACUGAAGCAGGCAGUCAUGUUUUUCUUUGUUCUGAUCAACGCUGAAUAAAACUUGUAAAUAAUGCUCUCCUGAGUGCGACUUUUGCUGUGCAUUAUCUGCUGAUAGAGUGUGCAUGAGCUCUGGAAUGUGGCAAGCUAUUUCUGGAAACUCGUGUCGCUAAUUGCUGAUACUGUAUCUACGGGAGAUCGAUGGAUCGUCCGGCAGCCAGCUUGGGGGCCAUUGAUGGACUUUGUCUCCCUGGCAGUAUCCCAACAACCAGAACCCUGGUUCCUAGUGAGGAAGCCAAAAGGUGUUGCUUCCUAGUAGAGCAGCGGUUCUCAACUAGUGAGUCCCCAGAUGUUGUUGGACUACAACUCCCAUCAUCCCUGAGCUCUGGCCUUGCUAGCUAGGGGUGAUGGGAGUUGUAGGCCAACAACAUCUGGGGACCCACAGGUUGAGAAAGGCUGUAGUAGAGGAUUGACUCCACUUGGCUCCAGAAGCAGAGGGAACAUAUUUAAUCAGAAGCAUUCCUGUCAGGUUCUUUUCCCUGUGUUUGAAUCCGUUCUUAGCCUCUAGGCCAGGGGUGGGACACCUUUUCUUUCAAAUUAUUUUUAUUGGUUUUCCAGAUUCUCACAAAUCCAACAAAAUUACUUUAAUUUAAUACAAUUUCUUUUUUAAAAAAAACAGGUUUCCCGCUCCUGUUGUAAACAUAUGUCCAUCUUUUCCUCCUGUAGCCACAUCAUCUCUUCAUUAAUAUCCAUUUUAUCCUUCACUUGUUGUCCAUUCUUAUAGCCGACCAUCAUUGUCUCCUUACAGGCAGCACCUCGGUUAUUUCUUAAAAAUAUAAAAUGUGUUUCAUGUGUGUAGUCAGGGCUGGAUUUAGGUUUGAUGAGGCCCUAAGCUACUGAAGGUAAUAGGGCCCUUUAUAUGUCCAGCUGUCCUUUGUCAACAACAAAUUGUCACUGCUUUUUGUGUUGAAUAUAUGCUUUAUGGUGAUUUAUGGACCUAAUAGGUAUCUAAAGCCAUUUGCACAUAACAAAAUAUAUAUUUUAUCAAAGUAAUUGUUGAACUGAAAUACAAUUAAGAAGUAUAUUAAUAGUCAAAUACAAUUAAGAAAUCUAUUAAUAGUGAAAUAAUUAUUAAGCUCUAACGUAAAAUGAUUUUGCUGUUGUUGUAUGUAGGUUUUAUUUUAUUUGUUUUUAAUCUUAUAUUUUGGAAAUGUACAUCCAGUGUUUUUUUUCUUUAAUUUUUUGCCCCCCCCCCCCCAAGUGUGGAGCCCUAAGCUAUAGCUUGUUUAGCUUAUACGUAAAUCCGGCAUAAUCGGAUAGAUACAUAAUGUGUAGUCCUUCAUAAUCGUUAUUGUCUCAGACCCAGUGUGCUGGGAGAGUUAGUUCUUAUCUUCCUUUGUUCCUUUGUUCAGUCUUUGCAGUGUUUACAAAGUCACAUUCCAACUCCCGCUGUUCACCAUUUGCAUGCAGGUUGAGGCUAUAAAUAACUCACAGAUUACACGUCCACUCUCCGCCAUUAAAAUUCCACUCUGGAGUUCUUCCUUGGCAUGCAGCUGAAGACAAAGUCUUUUCUCAAACACAGCCUCUUGCCAGAUCAAGCAGCGGCCAAGGAGUGGGGCACCUUUUUGACUUGGCAAGCCAAAUCUUUAAUUCCCCUCACCUCACGGGCCAACUUUGACAGGUGGGUGUCGGGUCUGCCAGCCCUGCUCGCAGUGGUGGCAGUCCUCGCAGGGCCUCACCACAGUAGUGGAGGGCCUCGCUGGGCCCCCUGGCUUCCUCCCAACACACAUGACUUCACACGGGUGUGUCGCAUGUGUGAUGUCAUGCGCAUGCGAUGAACCUUUUCCCCACCCCCCAUGUCAGGCAGAACUCGGCGUCUCUGUUUGAAUUCUUUUGAUAUUGUCUGCUGCCAUAAUGCAGCCUUGAAAGGCAUCCCUCCUCAAAGCUGAAGCUCUGCAGCCAUGAAACUUCAAGUGCUUCAUUAAACUCUGGCUCUGUGACAAAGUGUCAUAGUUGCGAGGACUCAGUACAGGGCACAGAGUAAGCAGCAGCAACAGCAGCAGUCAGAUGAAAAAGGGCCGCCACUUAGCAGCAAGAUACAAUGCCAUGGGAAGAAGAAACAUGCGUCUGAUUAGAAGGCAGUCAUUUCUGUGUGUGUGCCGCUAAGUCACAGAGUGCAGGCCCAGAGCGGAGUUCUAGAGGGCCACUCUAGCCAUUGCACUCUGUAUCUGGUCCAUGCUGCUGGCCAUUCCUAUAGAUACUCUUUGACAGUGGCUGUAGGAAGAGGCUCCUUUUCAGCAUCCUGCUGCUGUGGCACCUGUAGUUGCUGGGUUUGUUGUGAGUCCUCCUGGGUAGCUUUGUGGGACAUGGUGAUUGAAGCUUUGUAGAGGAAGAGGCAUCAGUGGUGGCAGCAGACCACAGAGGGAAGAUGCAGCAAGGGAAUUGGGAAUCCAUGGUUUCCCAUCCAUUACCUAAACCAUUGCCCAAAGCUUGUCAAAAACUUCUGAAAAUCCUUCAAUGUAAUGAUAGAUUUGUUGUAAAUAUUCGGUUUUGUAGUGCAGAAAAUUGCCCUAAUACAAAGGGCUCUGCCAUUCACAGAACUUCUGUGAGAGUGAGAGUCUAGCCUACUCAUUUCAGUCUUACUUUAUCUUAUCUGUAUCCCCAGACAAUGGGGAUCCAAAGAGCUCCCCCCCAGCUUCUAACUUAUUUUCACAGCAACUCUGUGAGGUAGGAUAGCCUGAGAAAACAGAAAUGUUGGGAGUAGGUAUAUUGGGUGCUGAAAUGAAUGUGGCAGAUUUGGGUUUUGAGGACAACCCAAUGUGUGUACACGCUAUGUGCUAGAUGAGAAUUAAAGAGUUGUAUCAGGCUGCCGUUUGUGUUAUUGCUUCCAUUUUUGGUUGGGAAAUCCCUGAGUAAUACAUAAUCAUAUCAAAAUGCCACUGCAGAGCUGGGCUGCAUUUAGAACAUCACUUCUUUCAUCAUGAGUGUUCCUGUGAUAUUUUUCACUGGCAGAAAAAGUAAUGAUAACAUGCACCGGUUUGUCCUUAGAGAAAUAGCUGCUAGCUGUAAAAUGUCAGGUUUCAAAGUGUGAUGUCUCUCUCUGUGUGUAUAUUAGCAAGUCGCUUUCCCUCGCAUUUAGUAACCAUGGUGCAAAUUGAGAAAGCCCUUGUUAUGCUUGAGAAUUGUUCCAUUGUUUUUAAAUUCAGGCUGACUUUGUUCAAGAAUAAAGCUCAGUGUGACCCCCCCAAAAAAACCUGUUUUGGGCUUGACCAACCACAUGGUUUAGCAUCACUGGAGGUUAUUUCUAUGAGAUCAUUACAAUUCAGAAUUGAAAUUCCAGCUUCUGUGGAUGCAAGUACGUAUACAUUUCAUUUUAAAAUGUACAUAAAAAUUAAAAUGCAUAUAGAAAUAUAUGAGUGGGGGUAUUAAAAUCAUUCAAUAAAUUUGAAAGCCUAGAUAAUGUUGGACGCCAGUCAGUAAGGAUACUGAAAAUUUAGAUUUAAUGUAAGUGAACUGAACUGAGAUUAUUCAAUUAAAUUCAGCACUCCUCUUCUAACAUCUAUUUCAGUAGCAUAUACAAGUAUUGCAGACUUGUAACAAGGUCAGCACUUAAAUUUUCCAUUCCAUAAUGCACAAUUGCUGUAAUUUUCUGCAUAACCAUUAUGGUUACUUUUAGAAAGUGAGAGAGAGAGAGAAGAAAAGAAAAGAAAGCCACAUCCACAAAGUUGGAGUUUUCAUAGACUGUUUGUGUAGUACCUUUGUGUAGUACCUUUCUUGAUUGAAUCUGAGCUGGAGGAUGUGAGCACUAAAUUAGAUACAACAUUAUUCACAUAUUUAACCCUUGUGUGUCUGAUCUCUUAAAAAAAUAAUGCAGGGGGGACUAGAUCAAUACAGUGGUACCUUGGCUGUUCAAACGGCUUGGCUCCUGAACAAAUCGACUUCUGAACGCUGCAAACCCGGAAGUGAGUGUUCCAGUUUGCGAAUGUUUUUCAGAAGCUGAACGUCCGAUGUGGUUUCCACAGCUUCCGCUUGAGUGCAGGAAGCUCCUGCAGCCAAUCGGAAGCUGCACCUUGGUUUUCUUAUGGUUCCGGAAGUCGAACGGAUUCCUGGAAUGGAUUAAUUUUGACAGCCAAAGUACCACUGUAUGGGUAUCUGGAUUAGGACCAUAGUGGAGGUAAAGGCUUAAAGGGUAUUGCUACAGAAUACAUUUUAAGCACAUCCAGUGCAGAUUUAGAGCAAUGGUUUUCCCAAAAGGAUCCUGGGAACUGUGGUUUGCUAAGUGUACUGGGAAUUAUAGGAGGAAACUAUACUUCCUAGGAUCCUUUGAAGUCAUGUGCUUUAAAUGUGUGUGGUGGAUCUGCCCGUGGUCUCCCUCCUGGGCUGGCUUCAACCAUCCCCAAGCUCAGAGGACGAUUCAGGUGAGGUGGAACUGCAGCUCAAGGAGUCACUAUCCACUGCUGUGGGAUCUUCCAGGUCAGAAGACAUUGCCUGCUGUAGUCCUUGGACUCAGAAGAGUGGUACCUCAGAAGUGGUACCUUCAUUCUUGAAUGGUUUAGUUGACGAACAAAUCUACUCCCAAAUGCUGUAAAACCAAAAGCAAGCAUUCUGGUUUUUGAACGUUUUUCAGAAGUCAAACAUCCAACAUGGCUUUUGCUUGAGUGCAGGUAGCUCCUGCAGCCAAUCGGAAGCUAUGCCUUGGUUUUUGAACACUUUCAGGAGUCGAACAGACUCUGGAACAGAUUAGGUUCGAGAACCAAGGUACUACAUUACUCCCAAUAUGUUCCUCUUUAACCAGGCCUUGAGCUGAUUAAUAUUAUGCAGCCUUUUAGAUGUAUCUUGUGGGAGGGGAUGUUAUUGUUUUGUUGCUCCUGGUUUAGCUAUAUAUUUGUGCUUUUGUAUUUUUAUCCUGUGAACUGCCCUGAGAUCUUUCAAUGAAGGACUGUAUAUAAAUCGAAUGAAUAAUAAUAAUAACUAAUAAAAUAAUGGCUGUAGCUCAGUGAUAGAACAUCUGCUUUCCAUGCAGAAGGUUCCAGGUUCAGUCCUGGCACCUUCAGGUAGCACUGGGAAUGUCCCUAGUCUUAAAACGAUCCACUACCAGACAGUGAAGACAGCACUGAGGAACAUGGACCAAUGGUCUGCCUGAUUGGAUACAAGGCAGCUUCAUAUGUUUCUAUACAAACACCACAGCAUAGUUGCUAGUGGCUGCAUAAUAAGGCUCAGACUGGGCUGGGAGGCUGGCUGCAGAACCAGGAUGACCAGCCUUCUGGCCACCUCAGAAGGCUUCUGUGCCUUGCUGAGACAAGGAGUCUUCUCCCUGGGAGAAUCCUCUAGCUAGCAGGGCACUGUCCAAAGUGCUGACAACAACAGCCUCGCCUGUUGUGACCCCACUCUGCUUUAUGUAACAUGACUGUACCCAAAGACUGUACAGCAGGCUUCCAUUGAGCUGAGACAGGACAGGACACCUCCCUGUUUGUGUGCCAAUCUGGUGCCCCCACUUUUUAAAACAAAACAAAGCACAUGCACACAAGAGCUAAAGGCACACAUCUUGGUUGCUUUGGGAUGAUCUGCUGUGUUGAGCAAACAAAAGGGCAGGAAAAGACAUGUGCCAACUCCGAAUCGAUAUCAAGUUUCCUAAUCCUUCCCGUCCCAAGUUCAGCAUCAGACUGGGCUGCACUGCCUUUAGAGACACACAGUUGCCCAUGAUAGCUGGCUCCAUGGGAAAAUGUUGGCUGAGAGGUUAUGACAGUUCUGCCUAUUAUUAUUAUUAUUAUUAUUAUUAUUAAAAAUACACUUAUUAAAAAGUUACACUUCAGCUUUGCCCACUGCCAUAAUACCACAGAAUGAUCACUCCUAUCCUCAAUCCCUCAUCCCUGUCAUGUUGGUUCACCAAAUACUCUCAGUAGGAACCCAACUACCGAUCUGGUUGACUAGACAUUUACAAUCAAUAUAUCCCCUCCACAGAUACCUCUGUGAUGAUUAUGGUAUUAAAAUAUCCUGUUCUUCAAUAAAAGAGAAAAGAAGGAGACCAAACUGUGUUAAAUGUAUUUUUUUACAUGCCUCUGAUUAUUUGCUGAUGGUAUGUGGGGCGUUCUGAUAGAGCAAUGCUCCAGAUGUUAUUAACCCAAGUAUCUUUUAGUACAUUGGAGGUUUUCUUCUGCCUGUGUUUGAGCGAUGAUGCCUGGUUCAUCCACCCAAGCAACUGCUUAAGAUAUGUUCUUAAUGGGCUUAAGAUGCCCAUUAUUUGAUUACUUCAGCAUUUAUGAACCAAGAGAUAGAUUGCAUUUUUAAAAUUUAUUUUACUAAGUAUUAGUUUAAUUACUGGGAAAUAAAUAAAUAUAUUUAGAAUUGAGCCACACAUCUGAUUUAGCUGGACAAAUGGACAGUAAAAAUACUAAGCUGAUUGUAAAACAAUGUGACCAGCAGGGUCACUUGCGGAGUAAUUUGAUUUCUAAUAAGUGUUUGGAAACUGGCAACAUGAAUUUAAGAUUGCAUCUUUCUUUUCAGCCCCUAGAGGGGAGCAUUGUCCGUUUCUAAAUUUGGAAAAAGCGGCUUUCACAAAGAGGAAAACCUAUACAAAAUGCUAACAGGAACAGCUCUGGUUUUUGUGGCAUCCGAAAGGUUUGCACAUAGAGAAAGGAAGAGUACCAGCAAUGAGCUUUUAUUAAUAUUUCUGUCCGAAAAUGCUAAUUUGCACAGCAUAUCAGAAAUGAAACUGGAAAGUGAGGGGGGCAUGGGAAUAUCGAUACAAACAUGACUUUCUAUUGAUAUGUAAGUGGGGAGCAAAUAAGCAGGAUUCUUUUCUUUCAGAGAAAACCACUAUGCUUGUUGAAUUGCAGAACAAAGAUGCAAACCUAUGAUCUGAUGAGCUUUAAAUGUUCAUUUUACAAAACUACCUGGUUAUUUAUUUGCCAUUGAAUUUGGUUGUAGGGAAGCUGAAUUUAUGAACCAUAACCAAGCAGUCGGUGCCAUUUGCACAUGGGAAUAUUCGACCUGCCUUAAUUGUACAUUCCAAAUAAAAUGCGGACAGCUGGAACUGAGUGCAAUAUGUAUAAUGGCCACUUGAUGGCACCACAGGCAUAUCUUUGCUCACAAAGUCCUGGCCCAGUAGCUGUGCUUAUUAAUGGAGAAGAACAUUUUCAAGGCUUGCGUCAUGUGCAUCAUUCAUGUAUGUGCGUAUGAUGUUCAGAAUCAGGUGCACUUCGGUUCUAGGCUCCCAUAAAUACAUUUAACAGAAACUUUAUAGGCACCGUAAUGUUUACUGGGUAUUAGAACGAAUUAGUGUGGAAUUAAGGAGCUAUUUUUAGUGCUGCUGCUGCAGCACAACUGAUUUUUUCCCCUUCCUUUAAAAAAACAAAAGCAAAACUUACCUUAAUUUUUAAAUCGGUUGGUUCUCUGCAGAGACAAACUAGCAUGCCAGAUGUUUUCCCAGCCCGGCUGUGUAAUCCCUUGUAGGGUAUAACAGCGGCUACCCCAGCUGCCCUUCAAUAAGUACGGACAUUAUUCCCAUCAAUAGCUGCUUCUAGAGAAGCUUUUUCAUUUUAAUGCAUGGGGGGGUGAGUUAGCCUUUUCUUUUUCUCAUCUUUGUUAUUAGUGUUUUGGUAGCACCUGAUGUAAUCGCAUAAACACGAGCAUGAGAAGGCCCGCGAGGCAGUAAAAACCUAGCGUGAGAUAAAGAGGCGUCCCAUUAACGUGUUAGGUACUGAACUCUCACUCUCUGAGACAAUAUUCAAGGCUUGCGAGGUAAGGGAGAUGGUCUUGAGCCUAUCAGGAACUAAAAGAUGGGCUAGAUAGAAUCUGCCAAUCUCCCUCACCCCAAAAUAUGACUUUUGACUCAUGUUGCUUAAUAUUUUGUGUUGCAGCAAAGGAUUAAGAGAUUAUGUGAAAAUCAGCCAGUAUUUUUUAUUCUGCUGUCACACACACACAAACAUAAACAACAACAGCAAGCCAAAGUGACUUGUUUUAUGUAUCAGCUUGAUUUCUUAUAAGGAUUUAAAAACUGGUAGCAUGAAUUUAAGAUCGUGAGUGUGUGUGGAGAGUGGGGGAGGGGAGAGAAAGGAGGGAAGGAAGGAAGGAAGGAAGGAAGGAAGGAAGGAAGGGUCUUUUGGAUGCAGGCUAAUGAUCCAGUGCCAAUUGUUUCUGUAUGGAAUGAGGUACAUUAUGUUUUCCACUCAGCCUUUUCCAUCAAAUUUCCAAGGUCCUAAAUUGUUUGAUUGAAUAUAUGUCAAAUGUAUGAUUGACUUCUAGGUAGUGAAAACAAACAAACUUCAAAAUGCACAACAUAAUAGAUACUUCUAAGGUUUUUACAGUAGCUAAAAGAUGUGGUGGGAAAAACAGAUUUUAAAUUACAUUUGAUUAGGUGGUAAAGGGAAAAAUCAUUCCUUUUAUCUUGCCCAAGCAACCCAAAGCAACUUGCAACCAAACACAAAAAAGCAAACAACAACAACACCCCACAUAGAUACAUUAAAACCAAGGGGGUGAGAAGGAGGAAAUAUGCACAUUAAAAACAUCCCACCCACUUCUAAAAGGCCAUAGACAGUUGAUGGCCAAAGGCCUGGGUAUAGAGGAAAGUUAUUGUCUGGCGCCUAGAGAUAUAUGAACCAUUUAAGGCUUUAUAGGUCAAAACCGGCAAUUUGAAUUGGGCCCGGAAAAUAAUUGGUAGCCAGUGCAGUUGGACCAGGAUCGGUGUCAUAUUCUCAAACCGUCUUGCCCCUGUGAGCAACCUAGCCGCUGAAUUCUGUAGCUGAAGUUUCCGAACCAUCUUCAGAGGUAGCCCCACAUAUAAUGUGUUGCAGUAAUCUACCCUAGAGGUUACCAGAGCAUAGACGCCAGAUGUUAGGCUAUGCCUAUCCAGACCAGGGUGCAGCUGGGCACCAGCCGAAGCUGAUGGAAGGCACUCCAUGCCACCUGGGCCACCUAAGCCUCAAGUGACAGCAAUGGAUCCAGGAGUUACCUCCAAGCUGCGUGCGUGCUCCUUCAGAGGGCAUGUAACCCCAUCAAGAGCAGGCAACCUCCCUCCCAUCCAUCCAGUCUAGGAAACCACCCACUAACAGUUCCUCAGUCUUAUCUGGAUUGAUCUUCAGUUUAUCGGCACCAAUUCCUAGCCUUGUUAUGAGAAAUGGAGAAAACUUCUCCCUGUCCAUUUUCUCCAAACUCUGCAUAAUUUUAAACACCUUGAUCAUGUUCCUUCUUAUUUGCCUUUACCCCAAACUAAAAAGCUCCAUAUUUCCUCAUAAGGAAGUCACUCAAAGCCCAAUAAUUUUGGUUAUCCUUUUCUGAACCUUUUCCAGAUCAACAAAAUUGUUUUCAACAGACCAGAAGUAUACCAUGAAUUUGUAUACAGUGGUGCCUCAGGUUAAGAACUUAAUUCGUUCCGGAGGUCCAUUCUUAAACUGAAACUGUUCUUAACUUGAAGCAUCACUUUAACUAAUGGGGCCUCCCACUGCCGCUAUGCCACUGCCGCCCAAUUUCUGUUCUCAUCCUGAAGCAAAGUUCUUAACCCAAGGUACUAUUUCUGGGUUAGCGGAGUCUGUAACCUGAAGUGUCUGUAACCUGAAGCAUCUGUAACCCGAGGUACCACUGUAACAGCAUUUGGAUAUUGGCCAUUUUAUUUGUAACCCCUUUCCUAAUGAUCCCUAACAUGGAAUUCACAUUUUUCACAGCUGCUGCACACUGGGUCAACAUCUACAGUGAGCGAUCCAGUAUGAUCUCUACAUUUCUUUUCUUUCAUUAAAUUGUUGUUGUUGUUGUUGUUGUUUAGAUAAGGCCUGGAGGGGCCUCUGCUCCCCUUCUGCAUUGAUUAGGUAAAGCCAGUAAUAAAGUUUCUCUGUAACGCCAAGGCUUAAAUUACCCACUGUGCUGAAGAAGGCACCUGACAGCAAUAAUAAGGACAAGACUUGUGCCCUUCCGCAGCCCUUGCCAUUUGAAGUUUUGAAAGCACUUCACACAAAAAACAUACAAAUAGUAAUUAAGCUUCAUCACCACUCUGCAACAGCAAAAUAGUAACGAUCGGGUUUUUUCCCCCCUUAAGCAUGGAAAUUGGCACAGACUGUGACCGUGAGUAGGAAAUGAACAGGGGCUCCAGAUUUUCUGAAUCACAAAUUCACUGGUGGGUGGCGAUUGUGCCUGGCCACCAACAGAAGGCAUAGAAAGGAGCUGCAGAGUAUGAGAAACAGAAAGCUAGAAGACAGACAGGCUGGGUGGAUAAAUAUAGUCCAGUGGGUGGCAGGCAUUUCCUUAUAGAUGGCCUCUGCAAGGUUUGCACAGCUGAAGUCCCCUAAGGUUUAAGAAGGACUUAACACUGAGAGAGAUCAAGCCAGGGGGAUUUUUUAAAAAACAAGAUUAGAGGAAAGUGAAUCACUUCAGGUACACCCAAAAUAACUGAACAGUGAACAAAAAGAAAAAUAAAUGACAAUCAGUUUAGCUAUAUAUACUAAUGGUUCAAUCUUUCGUUUGCCUUUAAAAAAAAGUGCAUGGUUUUCUCUUUAUUUUUAUUUAAAGUUAAAUGUUGCUGCUGUUGUUUUUAAAAUAUCCCAGCCUCAUUUGUUUCUGAACUUCAUUGUCUACAACUUCGUUGGCCAAUUGCCAACUUUUGGGUUUUCUUCUCUUUGACAUAGUUGUACGGCAGCCAAAUCUUUAGUCACAUCUUAAGACUUCUUUGUUGUACUAAAUCAUUUGCUGUCCUUUGCGUGGAUAGAUAAGGUGUGAUGAAAAUCCCUGACCUACAGAAAGGCAGCAAAAAUUAUGCAACAAUCCCUUGCUUGCAGUAUGGGGCACUAUGAUUUGUAUAACUUUCACAAGCUGUGUUAAGUCCUGGGCUCGCUUGCUUCCUCCCUCUAAACUUCUUGCCUGGUUGGGAAGAGGAGUUCAGAAACUUCUGCUUUCUCUUUAGCAACAGACAUGUUGCCUGGCCCAACAAACUUUAGAUAACAUCAAACCAUGGUUUCUGAAGCUGGGUUGAAAUCAACUGUCGUUUGUGUUAACCAUGGUUCACAGUUUUGAUGACAUGGGAAGCCAUGGUAGACUAAAAACAGAAACGAACGCUUCCCAAUUUCUUUAUGCUGUGCAGAAGGAGGAGAUGAGAGGCUUGUUGUAACUUAUGCAUGUUUCACUAAACCGUGGUUUCUCAUAAUACAGCCACAGAGCAUAGUUUAUUCUGUUGCAUUUCUUUUCUAUGUCAUACCUCGUGUUGUGUUAUACCUCGUGUUGCGUUAGGUUCAUGUUGCGUCAUACGUCGUGUUGCAUUAGGUUCAUGUUACGUCUUUUCAGCUUGCGAACACGGCAAAAUUACACUUCUGGGUUUCGCCGUGCGCACACACACAGAAGUGUUCUGCACACUUCGUGCAUGCACAGUAGCAUUCUGCGUGCUUUGCAUAUGUGCAGAAGUGCUCUAUCACGCUCCAUGCUUGGGCAGAAGCCCCGCUAUAGUUGCAGACUUUUCAGGGUGCAAAAGGCACCCUGAACAGAUCGUGUCCACAGCUAGAGGUACCACUGUACAGUUUCUCUAGAUUGUGCAUAAAUGAAUAGGAAAUAAAUGAACGAGGCUUUAAUGUAUAACCUACUACAUACCCUUACAAAAAAAAGGUACCACUAAACUUUGUCAUGAAAUUUCCCCAAAGGCUAGAAACACCUCAUUCACUCACAUGCUGCGGGUGUGUAACAUCAGCUGAGACUCUGUGAAAAGGAUGUGACUGGCACUUCUCCAUGGCUGGUUCAUAUGCAUCUCAAGCAAUUUAGAAAACAUCAAGCAGAAACAAGUAUCAUCCAUCACCAUAUACACAGAUGAAAGCUCCCUUGUAUAGUGGUUGCACCUUGAUACUAAGUCAUGAUAAUGACCGAGUGACAUGAAGUUAAGGUGGCAGAAGUCCUAUUUAGGUGUUCACAGAACAGGUGAGGGAAUAAAGUGUGCAGGGAGUACAUUCACUAGUCCAUGUCCCCAAAGUCCCUGUUUCUGCUGCCCCUAUCCCCUACUUGAGCUUUGUGCAAUGAGGUCAAAGAUCCAACAAUGGAUUCUUUGCAUGGUCAUCUGAACACGCUGAGAAUACUCUACAAGAUCACCACACAAUCAAGGUUUCUUCAGAUCUGACAGCUCACCACAGGAAGGUCAGAGGUGAAGGCACCAGAUACAGCUCCUCUACCAGGGAUGCCAACUUGAAUAAAAUAUUGGGGGGCAGGUAAGCCCCACCCAACAUAACUGAUCACAAGACACGGCACAUACAAACUAUUUGAAUGGCAAGGUCCAUCAACUUGGGGCUGGUGGCCCCCUCAAAUAUUUGAUUGGGGGGCGAAGGGACCCUGGCCUGUAGGAGUUGGCUCCUAUGUCCUCUAAACUUUACUCUCCUGUGUAUUCUUUAAAAUCCUAUUUAGGGUUGAUGAGGAAAGAAGAAUGCAGGUUUGUUAGUUGAGUGCUUUGGGAUCAUUGAACUCCUUUUUAACACAUUCUUGGUUACUCUCUAGGUUAUGUUUCUUUUUAACAGAGAUAUUUUACAGCCGUACAUCUUUUUAAGAGUACUAUACACAUUUGGAGAAAAGUGAUUGGAUUAGGGAAUAUAGAAUUCUUCCAUGGAUUUAUUUAUUUAUUUUAAUUUUUUUAAAACAGUUUUCAUGCCGCAUACAAUGUUUUGUGUGAAAGCUCAGGGGACGACUGUUCCUUUCUGCAGAUUAAUGCUGUUUUACAAGGCUAUGCUUUUAUAACUUUUCAGAAAUAGGCGUUUCUGCCAAUGGUAUAUUGAUUAGUUGUGAGAUAAAGCUACCAGUUCACCUAGAAUAGAUAGAUUAUGUACCAGUAUGCAGAGUGAGGGGGAUGCAUUAGGAAGCUGAUUUUGGGCUCCAUGAAAGAGCAGCAAAUGGCUAGUUAUCUAAUCUAUUACCAGUAUAUUUUUUUACUGCCAGGGAGGAGGAGAGGGCCUUGGGUGCUAUGUAUGUUGACUUGAGGGCUGGGCGAUUUGCUGCUAUGCCUCAGGAAGCAACAUGUCUUGGACUGUCUCCGAAUAGAUGGAUGGAGGGAACAGAGAUGAGGACAACUGUAUAGAUGGAUGGGCUACUGAAUAAGAGGGAGGGGAGCGGGUGCAAGGAAAUGGUUGUAGAAUGGCAAGUGGGCUUCAGAAAUGUUAUUUCCACCCUUUACAGCAGGCAUAGGCAAACUCCGGCCCUCCAGAUGUUUCCCAUCAUCCCUAGCCACUGGUCAUGUUAGCUAGGGAUGAUGGGAAUUGUAGUCCCAAACAUCUGGACGGCCAGAGUUUGCCUAUGCCUGCUUUACAGACUCACAGUCAACUUGAAAACCAAUUGAUGGUUUUGGAACUACCAUGAGAUGAUGGGACCUAAUUAAUAUAGGCCCCCACAAGAAUGUGUUCUUUUGAUUGUAGUGGAUAGCUGUUAACCAGGCCUGGAUCAGAAAGUCAAUUCUUCAAAUAAUAGAUUUGGGGGGAAAUAACCCGAGACUAUAGUUCAGAUGCUGUCAUUAUGGUGCGGUUUAGACCAGCACAGGGAACAGCAGAGAGAAUAGUUUUAGUGUUACAGUGAAACAUUAAACUUGUUGGCUUUUUUGGUUUGCUCACACUUGUACCUGGAUGUACAGGCAACCCCAGAUUUGCAUGGGAGUUGCAUUCUGGAUCAUCAUGCACAUAAGCUUGUUCCACCUCUGCCUGCUCCUGUUCUCCCCCAUUCCGCCCCCUUUUCUGCCCACUUCUGGGUCACCACAAUGCAUGUGUACAUGGCCACAUAUCAACUGAACACACAUAAAUCAGUCUAAAAGUAACAAGCCAUCCUGUUGUUAUGAUAUGAAAAAUAUCUUCUCUCCCUCCCCAUUAGUUAAAGUACCACCAGAGUUUCUGAUCAACCAACACUGAUUCAGCUUGAAAUUUUAUUGCAACACCCCACGCGGCACUAGGAAAUCCUCCUUAGGGUAUAUUUCUCUACUUAUCACGGACUUCCACUAGCAUGGCUGUCUCUCAGAGUCCCAUUACCUGAUAGCUUCCCAGCUAUGAUUUUGAAAGUCUCUUAGCAGCAUUUGAAUGGCAUUCACGAUUCCAUACCUUCAAGUGUUCAUUUGACAUUGUCAUUAUCAACAUUACCUCUACUGUACUUGGAAAUGGUGCAGCCACUAUAAAUAUGGAGGGAGUCUUACGGAUUAGCAGAACAGCUGCUUUGCCAAAAGAAAAGCCUUUAGCAAAAGCGUUGGGGGGUGGUGGACAGAAAGAGCUAUCCACACUUUAUUUCCCCAAGUUUUUAAGAAACUGGUUAAAAUUUAAGGUGGUAAGGAAACAAUUAUUGCAUCAUCAAUACAUUAUUAAAGCUUCUGUAUGUGACUUAGAAAUCAUUUGAUUCCCAUGAGAAGGUGUGGGAAAUAUGGCUGUGCUUUGUAAGGGGUUCAUACAACCCAUGUGUCGAAAGAAUGAUUGGAGGCAGUCAAGGGGCCAUGCGGUCUACUGCUGCCCCAUGCCAGCACAUCAUGCUCCCCUGACUUCUGCACAUGGAACGGUCACCAGAUGAAGGUCUCCCCACAUACAAAUGAAUGAAUGGACAUCGGAGGAGCAUGGCAGUGAUGGGUGGGACAGCCCACAUGGCAGUGAGUGAGGUUGGGUCACAUGGCCCUGGAAAUCCUCCUGCAUGACCUAUUAAAUGUGUAAUGGUCCAUGUGGACCCAUGUUUAUCUGGCAUAACAAACCAACAAACUCUUAAUUGUCUCUCUUUCUCUCUCUCUGUCAGAUUGACCAUCUCUGCUGAAUGCCCCAUGCAGCUGGAAGACUUCCCCAUGGAUGCACAUGCUUGCCCAUUAAAAUUUGGAAGUUGUAAGUGUUUAAUAAUAAUAAUAAUAAUAAUAAUAAUUUAUACCCCACCCAUCUUGGGGCUGCUUCCAGAAAAAUAUAUAAACAGGAUAAAAUGUCAAACGUUGAAAACUUCCUGAUACAGGGCAGUCUUUAGAUGUCUUCUAAAAGUUGGGUAGUUCUUUAUCUCCUUGACAUCUGAUAGGAGGUUGUUCCACAAGGAGGGCGCCACUGCCAAGGAGGCCCUCUUCCUGGUUCCCUAUAACUUCAUGCAGUGAGGGAACUGCCAGAAGGCCCCUGGAGGUGGACCUCAGUGUCCCUUGAGCGAGAUCAAGGGAGCCUAUUUUAAUGGGGUUUUUGUGCACCAUGAGGGUAACUUAGCUAAAUGUGAAGGAUCUGACAUUGUCUUUGGUUUCCUACAUCUGUUCUUUACCAUUGUACAUUUGAUCUAGUCAGUGCUGGGGGGGGGGGUUAAGAAAAAAGGGGGCUAGUACUCACCAUGAAGUUAUUCCACAUUUUAAACAUUUUUUUUAAAAAAGGUGAUGGUACUCUUGAGUACACCCAGGGGGAAAAAAGCACUGGAACUAGCAAGGACUUUUUUCUGGCUCAGACCAGCUUCCAUAGUUAACUCCUGAUAAUCCCCAGAGGCAAUCAUUCCAAUGGCAAACCACAUUCGCUUUAUAUACAGUGGUACCUCGGGUUAAGUACUUAAUUCAUUCCGGAAGUCUGUUCUUAACCUGAAACUGUUCUUAACCUGAAGCACCUCUUUAGCUAAUGUGGCCUCCUGCUGCCGCUGCGCCACCGGAGCCCAAUUUCUGUUCUCAGCCUGAAGCAAAGUUCUUAACCUGAAGCACUAUUUCUGGGUUAGCGGAGUCUGUAACCUGAAGCGUAUGUAACCCAAGAUACCACUGUACUGUGAUAACUUUGGCAUUUGCAGUCGGGGGGGCGAAUUUAUCUUACAGAAAGUGAUCACAGUCAACAGUAGUUGUGCUGUGAGCCACAAGCAAAGUCGGCUGAGGGUCAUAGCCACUAAAAGUGAAUAAAAAUAAUUAUUUAAAAAAUAGCCACCAUCAUUUGGAAAUUUUUGUAGGUGCUAUAAAAAUAGAUUAAUAGACUGCCUUUGGUAAGUGUGCCACACAUUGCCACGAUAUCUGUGCUUCGGCUUGCGACUCACUGCAUGUUACGACUGUGAGAAAGGGGACCUGGGAUGCAUUUUAUUUCAUAAAUGAGAGAACAGCCAUGUGGCACAGUUAUUCAUUAGGAGCUGCAAGCAGAGCAGCUAGUCACUGUGCGGCAGGUGCCUGGGGAUUUUAUAUUUAUGUGGAAAUGAUCAUUCCAUUAAGUCUCAAAUUGUGUUAGUAUUUACAUGUGCACUAUUAUGGAAUGCUCUGUAUAGUUUUUCCAGCAGAGACACAAAACAUUCAAAGAAUUAUCUCUGCGGAGAACCAUAAUGCGCCUUUUCCAUCCAAUGUGGUAUGCACAGGUCCAGAAAGAGAGGACUGGGAUGAAGGAGAAUCUAUGCUGCAUUAUGUUCCAGAGCACAAUAUUUUGGGCAUAUGGUCUAUACGUUCUCAUUUGACAGCAUCCAGAAUGAUACCACAGACAAAACGAGAGAGAGAGAGAGAGAGAGAGAGAGAGAGAGAGAGGAGAGAGACAAUGGGAAUAAAAUGCAUAGCCCUUGAACAAUUCCAUAGCAGCAAUAGAAGGUGACAUAUUUGAAGAUUAUCCUGAGCUGCUCCUCCCCUAGACUUUACACCCACCCUCACUUCCUGCCAGUUGAACAGUAAAACAAGAGGUUUGCUUGCUAAAGCAGGGAGAAAGAACAGAGAGAGAGCAAAAUGACCAGAUAAAGAUAAGAGCAGGAAAAACUAAUGUCAUAGCACCCCAUAUUCCCUGGGUCCUGUGCCAUGCUUCCCAGGUCUUCCCCUUUAGAACUUCACUGCCACCAGGUAAAAUACAAGACUGCUUUUAACUGAUCAUUAUUUGGCAAACUACCCAAGCACAUACUGAUUUUUGGCCAUCACAAAGGGCUGCUUUUGAUUAUGCUUUCCACAUCGCAGUAUAAAGGCAUGUCCUUCUCAUCAGUUGCAAAUGGCAGCCCCCCAUUCAGAUUGGCAGCCAACUUGGCAAAGUAUUGAGGCAACAGCGGCCACUGUCUGCUUGGUGUACUUUAUGCAGAAAGGUGGCAGUGUGAACACAAUCACAGCCCUUUUACGAUACGAUACGAUAAUCUUUAUUGUCAUUGUCCCAUACAGAACAACGAAAUUGAAAAAUCUACAUAAAACAUUCUAAACCCAACAAGCCUUCUAUCCCAGCUAUCCCAACCUGGUUAGCCCCUUAAAAACUCUGAUACCCCAUUUUUAAAUACAAUAUACUCCCAUAGAGAUUCCUUACACUGCGUUUAAAACCAAAAUUGCAUUUGGAUAGAAACUGUUUCUCAGGCGGCGAGUCCUAGUCUUUAUAACCCUGUACCUUCUUCCAGAAGCUGAAAGAGAUCAUUUCCGGGGUGCGUACUAUCCUGUGCUAUCUCUGCAGCUUUCUCAUGGCACCUGGAAGCAUAGAUUUGAUCCAAGGUAGCAACUGCGGCAAGGGCUCCUUCCUUUAAAAGCUAACUACAGAAAAGUCCACUGCACCAAUAUCACCUGUUUACGUUUAGAUUUCAGCAGGCCACUAAAUACUUCUGGAGGGGACUGGGGCUCAAAAAGCAAGACUUGGGAUCUAUUGCCUCCCUUCUUCAGCAACCCUCUGUCUUGGUUGCAGGGGUGAAAACUUGAAUAAAAUAUUGUGGGGGGCAGGUAAGCCCUGCCCCACAUAAUCAAUCACAAGAUGUGCCGUACGCACAUUAUUUGAAUGGCAAUCCCCAUCAACUUGGAGGGAUGCCCCCUCAAAUAUAUAUAUUUUGGGGGGUGAAGGGACCUCGGCUCCUAGCUUGGCUGCCACAGAGGGAAAUCAGAGGAACAGUUCAACGUGUACUUUUACAAGAGUGGAGGAGCUGUGCAUACACUCCAACACUCCUCAGAGGAAAAUAGGAACAUUUAUCACUUUCCACCAACUGAAACUCCCAUCCCCUCUCCCCACUUCACCAGUGGGACACAGCACAGCAAGCAGGCCAACUCAUCCUCCUCCCCAAACUCGGUGGCAGUGGCCCUAGUGGGGAAAUAGGGACAUUCCGGGAUCAACACAAAAGCUGGGAUGGCUUUCAUAAUUCUGGGGAUGUCUCUGGAAUAUGGGGACACUUGCAGGGUAUGGCUAUGCUUUUGAAAGCCAGAGGCUCAACUCCAGUGCAGCAGCCUUAUUCUUUUGGUAGACUAUCUCAUACUUGGGGGUCCUCCAGAUGUACUAUUUAUUGAACUUUCAUCCUAAUGUAUUUGGACAUAGCAUACAGGAAGGUUUGAUUAUAUCCAGCAUUUAUUGAGCAUCUGUUUUGACUUAUGUUCAGAGAGCUUAUACAGCAGUGGACCUACAUCAGACAUCUAUUCUGAUUGGCUUGUGUAGUGUUUAUACAUCUUUCGUUAGUCAUUCAUUCAUGCCACACUUUCCAGUGUGUUUCACCAUCUCUUUCUUUAACCCCCACAAGUCCUUUUUUUUAAUACAUAGUGGGUUUGUUGCACUAGGGAGACACAGCACUUGGAGCCACCUUAAUUGCAUAAACCUAAAUUUCCCAGCAUGCACUUGAAUCCCUUCCACAAAACACUAACAGUCUGGAGGUGCCCUUGGAUAGCCCUGCAGUAAAGAGUUUUAGAAAGCCAAUAUAAACUCUAAGUGCUGUUUCUUAGAACCUAUUCGGAUGCAGGAUGGUGUUUUGAAAGCAUCAAAUGGUGUGGGUUAGAGCUCAUAAGGAGCUUUCAGUUUGUCAAACAAAAUCAAAGGUGACAAUAAAAUUACUCAUGUGCUCAGUGAUCCUCCAACUCUGAGCUGCUGAUGAAUUCAGCCUUAGCUGUAUAAUUUGUUUCCUUUUCAACCAGUGCAGGCCAUCUUUCAAAAAAAAAAUUCAAAAAAUUCAACACGUCUAGGCUCUGACUGAGCAACUUUGUAUGUAGGACUGUUUUCCUUUGGGCGACCUUGGCUCUUAAAAAUGCAGAUGACAGAAACUCCCACUGCCUUGCAGAUUUCUGGGUUGAUCAAAUAUAAAGUGCAACAGCAGAAGUGGGAUCUCGGCAUGCUAACGUGAAGGGACCGGCAAAUGUUUAACCUUUGCUUUGUUAAUCAGGCAGCUUGAAAACAAAAACAACCACAGCAUGAUACACUUGGAUUUAAUUAGCCAAUUCAAGAGUAUCAUGCUCUCAUAUAAAAUAUUUUAUCUGAGCUUGCUAAAACAGAGGCUUUGCUCUUUGGCCCUUUUUCUCCCCCACCUUCAUUUUAUUUACAAUGACUUUCCUAGUGAAAGUCUUUUUACCGUGUGUGUGUGUGUGUGUGUGUGUGUGCCAGAGGGACAUGUUGUAGAAGUCAGGUUUACAGUUAAACAGCAGAGUAGUUUGUGGGGAGAUGGAGUCUAGAAAGUCCAUUGGCAGGCAAAUAGCAGGAGGACAAUGCAAGGUAAUGGGUUGUAUCUAUCUCAAUUUUACUCAGAGUAGACCUAUUGAAAUUAAGAACCCUAAAUUAUUUAUAUUCAUCAGUUUCAAUGGGUCUGCUCUGAAGAGGAACAACACUGCAUAUAACCCAAAGUACGUAAGGAAGACUAGAUGGAAACAUGGUGUACAGCAUCAGACCAGUGGGUCACCAUGAACAUAGUAUUCUUUAGAAAGUGUACUCUUGAUAGCCACAAAUGUUGCCUUUCAUAUUAGAAUAUCUGGGGCAGGGAUAGGGAAACAAACACUACCACCCGCCUCUUUUGAGGAUACCUUUCCCUGAAGUUACACAUAUGUCCUAGAUAGCAGACAAGCAGUACAAGGACAAGCAGAUACUACUAAGUUGAUAGAACAGGAUGCGGGUGGCACUGUGGUCUAAACCACUGAGCCUCUUGGGCUUGCCGAUCAGAAGUUUGGCGGUUUGAAUCCCCACAGUGGAGUGAGCUCCUGUUGCUCUGUCCCAGCUUCUGCUAACCUAGCAGUUCGAAAGCACACCAGUGCUGUGGCGGGAAGGUAAACAGCAUUUCCAUAUGCUCUGGUUUCCGUCACAAUGUUCCAUUGUGCCAGAAGUGGUUUAGUCAUGCUGCCCACAUGACCUGGAAAGCUGUCUGUGGACAAAGGCCGGUUCCCUAGGCCUGAAGUGAAAUGAGCGCUGCAACCCCAUAGUUGCCUUUGACUGGACUUAACCAUCCAGGGGUCCUUUACCUUUACUUUUCUUUUUCUUUUCUUUUUUACUAAGUUGAUGUUAGCAAGCAAGCAAUGCAAAAAGAAAGAAGAUGGUAUCUUUUCUUGGUUCAUCUUCAUAAUCUUUGCACAUUGCCUACCAAAGAUUUAGAAGACUCAUUCCAGAUUUAGCUGUCUUCCUAUCCAUCCCCAUGAGGAAUUAUAUGCAACUUGCAAGUUUGUAUACUCACUACAGCAUAAGUGGGGAACCUCCGCACCAUGAGCCAAAUUAUGCUCAUAAGUCAUCCCCAUUUGGCCUGCAAGACCCUUUUGGCCCAGCCAUGCCCACCUGCCCUACACAUCCUGUCACAUAUGACAUCAAAUGUGGAACGGUAAAGACAUUGCGGCGUGGGCAUAAACUGGUGGUCUGAUGUCAUUGUGAUAUCAAGUGACUGACAAGUGGUCAGCCAUGCACACCUGUCAAACUUUGUCCACAGGAAUUGGGGUAGAUUUAGGGCUGGGCAAUAUCUGGUUUUCAACAUUGCAAUAAAUCAUCAGCUAAACAUUGCAAUAUACCGAUGUAUCAGGAUGUCUGAAAUAAGGAUGGAGCUACAUAGAGGCUGGCUUCACAUUUUCCUCCAAAUUGUGAUUUUUGCAUGGAUUGCCAAGUCAAAAAUUAUGAAACUGAUUCACAAUAUGGAUUUAAAACCGGUUUUGGGUGAUCUAGCAAUAUGUUCCCCAGCCCGAAUAAGGAUCUAGUUUUCCAUCCCUGCCAUACACCAACAGAAGUUGGGCUGGUCUCCUCUACGUAUAAUAUUUGGCCAUACUUUUUUGCCAGUCUGGUGAAAUUCCAACAAGAUUAUCUUUCAGUCUGCUGUAGCAAUCUUCAGCUCCUUCACUGGCCCAAUAGGUAUUCUGCAGUUAUUGAGUGAGGCUUUCCAGCAGCUCAAUAGAAGCAGGUAAAUAUGAUUAUGAUUUUGUACAAACAAGAUAUUUGGAGCAGAAAGAGGUUAAUUGACUUUCCUUCAAGGUCAUGCCAGCAAAGCAAUGUCAGAAUGAGAAUUUCACCGCAGUUCUUUGGUCUACUGAGCAAAUGUCUAAUCCAGACAAAGGAGCCCCCCUGCCCAGACAAUUGACUUAGCUCCUAAAUCACAUUUUGCACAUAGUGUUAAUGAUAUUGCAUUCACCUCACUCAAAGAUGAAUUUGCUAAUGUGUGCCGCUCUUUUGACAGUGUGAUAAUUCUACACUUGCUGUGGUAAAGUUGUUACUGUAAAGUUUUUCAGUUUUCUAUACUCUUGAUUGAGUACCGAAAAUCUCUAGUAGGGCAUUUUUUAAAUAAAUAAAUAAAUAUUGUGCUAUAAAAUUCUCAUUCGAAAGUGUAUAUAAUCUGGACAAAUUUUCUGGAUGAAGAAACAAUUUUGAAGCAGAAACGCAUGUUGCUACAUCAGCCAAAAGGAAUAAGUAGUGUUGAAAUCUGGGUUUAAAUUGUUUUCUUUAAAAAAGUUUGUAAGCCAUCCAGAGGACAUUUUCCUAUAUGGAAAUCUUUCAAAUAAAUAAAUGUUAGAUCUGCCAUUGCUUAUAAAGGCCUUCUAAAUCGGACAACAGUAUUUUGUGAAUCAAUUAAAAAAUCUGUUGCUUUCUUAGUACACUAAUCAGCCUUAAGUGUAGUGAUACUAGGUGAUUAACCUAACUUUUCAGUUGAUAUUGACCUACCUACAGGUAGGAAGCUUAGGACAAGGGUGUGUGUACUAAGUCCUCUAUUAGAUCAGAGUUUGAAAGGUUAAGUAGGUCUUAAUUAAGUUAGUGCACCAACUUUGGGUUGGUGUUCAGCUCAAGAAUGAAAUUCACCCUUAUAUCUUUCUCUCUUUAUUUCUAACAUAGUUUUUACUCCUUUUCGUCUUUGAACUGUUCAACAUGGUUGCCCUGAGAAAUAUUCAAAAAACAUUUGAAUUAUUACCUUAAAAACCUUUAAAACAUAGAGCAUGGUGUGGGUCCUCUUUCAGUGUUAGAGGGCUCUCUGUUGGAAAAACGCUCUUGGGGAGACGGCGACCCCCCAGGACCUCUGAGCGUCUCCUGGUGGGCACGUCUCUGGAAUGGCAUGUCCCUUCAUCUCCAGAGUGCCUUUCUGCAACACUUUUCAUACAAAAAGUGCACACAAGUCUUCUAGCAUCAUACAGCAAGAAGAAAGAAACAUCCGUAGAUCUAAACUACAUUUUAUUUACAUUCUAUACAGACAAUCCAUAAUCACGUCUCUGUUCUCUGGUCUGGCAGAACAACUGUUGUGUCCUGCAAAAGUAAAAGUACAGUUCAAUAACACGCUCAGACGGAAAAGAUAAGACAGUCUUCCGUUCCCACUCUCUUCUCAGACAUCUCAUGUGAUUUAUACGAAUCACACUAGCAGCAUCGGCUGCAUAAAAUUCCCAACGUUCUCAAGUACCACUAAGGGUAUGGAAUAAACCACAAGCAUAAAAAACAAACAUUUUAAUCAGGUAAAUGAUAGGAUGUUUUAAGCAUGCAUUUUCUUUUAAAUCUCAUGUCCCAACACCCUGGUACUUUUAAGAUGUUUAUGUUUUCAGAUCAUUCCAAUCUGAUUGCUUUGCUUCUAUAAAAACAUUUCCCCCCUGUCAGGGAACUGCCAUCGGUAGGAAGGGAGGUGAAAGGACUCAGACAGGUUGGAAGAGACUUAGCAGCUGAAGAGGAAACCAGCAGGGGGAGAGAAGCUGAACUGAGGGAGGUGAAAGGGCUCAGACAGGUUGGAAGAGACUUAGCAGCUGAAGAGGAAACCAGCAGGGGAGAGAAGCUGAACUGAGGGAAAGGGAGCUGGGGGGAUGGCUCAGAGAUACUUCCAGCGAAAACAGUGGUGAGGUUUCCGGACCUCCUGUAGCGACACCCACUCCUCGCCGGAAACUGUCACGCAGAGAGUCCAGAAGACGUGUUUCCGUUAAGGAGCUUUUAUGUUGGAAGCGAUUACGAAAGCAACCACUGUCGGAAUCUUCUAGUGACUAAGAGGAGCCAUGUCAGAGGGGCUCAGUCACAGACAGAGGUUUGUGGACUUGAACAAACUCUGAGGGAAUACGAUUUUACGCACAAGCAGCUCAUAAUCCCAUCACAGCAUUCCGACAGUCUUUGAACGCAGCUUGUGCAGGAGAAGGCAUAAUGAGCAACCCAGCAGGAACCGGAGAAGCAGGGGCUGGAGCGGGUCCAAGCCUGGAAGAAAGGUACCGAGUGUUGGAGGUCCAGCUGGCGCUGCAGACGGCGAGGCUGGAGGAGAGGAGGGCUCAAGAUGCAGACAAAGGGAGAAAGCCACCCAGCUCGCCAGAAAGGUACCAGGAUUGGUGCAAAAAUUUGGGGGGGAGCCCAAAGACUAUCAUAGCUUUCGGACAGAAAUGCAAUAUGCCCUCAAUCUGCAGUUUGAUGAUUUCCCUGAUGAGGAAUCACGAGUGGCUUUUGUGAUUGGGCAUCUUGAAAAGGGGGCGAGAGACUGGGUUAGACCCCUGAUGGCAGCUAAUAGUGACGUCUUAAAGGACACGAUGAAGUUCUUUCGCGCCAUGGAUCUGAUGUUUUCCAGCGAUAUUGAAAAGGGAGUGGUGCGCAGACAGUUAAUGGCUUGCAAACAGGGAGCCGAUCUGUACGUGAGUACUGGACUGAGUUCACCAUGCUGAUACACAGAUUGGGGUGGGACUUAUCGGCGGAACCCAUUCAAAUGCUCUUUGAAGAAGGGCUUUCUUCGGCUGUGAAAGAUGAACUUUCCCGGGCGCCCAGGGCGGAGUCUAUGGACCAGCUGACCAAAUCAGCGCUGGCCAUAGGAGCGCGCCAGGAGGCGAGAGCAUUGGAGAGGCGGGAAGGGAAAGGGGAACGUUGGAAGGAGUUCCGCAUUCCAGAAAUUCCAGAGCCAACUGUCCCGCCGGCAGAGCCGAUGGAAAUCGGAACAGCAGCGCGCGCGCAGUUUCAAAGCCCAGUGAGGGGGAAAGAAGGAUGGAAAAGGCGCCCGGAAAUGCUAUCUCUGCCAACAGCCAGGGCACUUUGCCAGAGUCUGCCCCCAGAGGAAGGAAUGGCAAGGGAUGGUGGGAGCUGUGGAGGGAAGAGAGGAAAAAUACCGGAGCAACUAAAAGCCAACGCCUGGCUGCCAUUGUCGGGGCACAGCAGCCAGGCCAAAGAGCAGUGAAAGUGCCCACUCCAGAACCUCCUAAACCCGCCCUAGUGAUAGAAGUGACACUAGAGCUCCCAAACGGACACCCUCUAAAGAUAAAGGCGCUGUUGGACUCAGGCAGCUCCUGCAAUUUCAUGAGCAAAGAGUUUGCAGCUGAACACCAGAUACAGACGCUCCUUUAAGCAACCCCUGCAGGUAACCACGAUCGAUGGCAGGGAGCUGUUGGGAGGAGAAGUCAGCUUGCAGACCGUCCCAAUGAUAAUGAAGGUGGCAAGGCACACUGAACUGAUAGCUUUUAAUGUGGCCACCUUGGGAGGAGCUCCCAUUAUAUUGGGGAUGAGCUGGCUAGCGUUACAUGAUCCGCUGGUGGGCUGGCAUCAGAGAGUGGUUUCUUUUGGGUCAGCACAUUGCUUAGAACAUUGCAAAGAGGGAAAGGUUUUGGCAGGGGCCCAAGCCACCCUAGCAGGGACUGAAGUGAAGGAGAACGUGAAGGUACCACGACAAUACGCAGAUCUCCGCGACGUCUUCAGCGAAGGGAAGCUGACCAACUUCCACCUCAUAGAGCCUUUGUCUGUCAAUUCAUUUUUCUCCCUGGGGCACAGCUCCCGUGGGCAAGCUGUACGCCAUGUCAGACAGAGAGAUGCAGGAGCUAAGAGAGUUCAUUGACAAGAACCUGAAGAGAGGGUUCAUCAGAGAGUCCAGGGCGGUGGGGGCAGCCCAGUGUUUUUUGUGGACAAAAAAAACACGAACAAGCCGAGACUGGUGUGUGACUUCAGGGCCUUAAAUGCAGUGUCAGAACCAGUGGCCUUCCCGAUGCCCAGGAUUGACGACAUUUUGACAAGGGGUUGGCCAUGGAUCCCGGCAAGGUCCAGGCGGUACUGGAAUGGAAAACACCCAAAACAAGGAAGGAUGUGCAGAGGUUUUUAGGGUUUGGGAACUUCUAUCGUAAGUUCAUCCCAAACUUUGCCCACCUGACGGCGCCCAUUACGGACUGUCUCAGCAGUAAGAAGAAGUUCGUUUGGACGGAGGAGGCGGAGCAAGCAUUUGAGGAACUAAAAGGGCCUUCGCCUGGAACAACAGCUCCUGCAUGUGGAUUUACAAAAACCUAGGAGAGUGGAAACUGAUGGAUCAGUCAGAGCGGUUAGGGCGGUGCUUCUCCAGCCAGGGAAGGAGGAGUCAGAGUGGAGACCGUGUGCUUUUUUUUUUGCGAAAGCUGAACAAAUCCGAGAGGAACUACACGGUGUAUGACCGAGAACUACUAGCCAUUCAUGAGGCGUUCCGGAGAUGGAGGCACCUGCUAAUUGGCGCACAACAUAAGGUGCAAGUGUGCACUGACCACAAGAACCUAGAGUAUUGGAGGACGGCACGAGUGCUCAACCAACGGCAAGUGAGAUGGGCUCAGGAAUUCUCCAAAUUUAACUUUGAGAUUUGUUACGUGCCAGGCCCAGAGAAUAUUAGGGCGGACGCUCUCUCACGCAAACCUGAAUAUUUGGAGGGGAGGGAGCACCCGAAGAGAGACAUGUCAUUCCAGAGGACCGCUGGGUGUGUGGGGCGGCAUUGGUGGGACAAAGAGAACUGGUAGAAGAAACAGAGAAUGAUGAAUACGCCCAGAAUAAGCUUAGAGGUCUUAGGGAUGAGGGAGAGGAAUCAAGGGGUUUCGAGGAAAGAAAUGGAGCUUUGUAUUACAAAGGGGCACUGUAUAUCCCUGAAGGAGACUUAAGGGGAGGGUACUCAAGCAGUUGCAUGACAGCCCCACGGCGGGCAUUUUGGGCAACACAAAACCAUGUGGUUGGUCACCAGGGAAUUUUGGUGGCCUAAGGUGAGGGAGGAUGUACGUGAGUAUGUAAGAGGGUGCGAGCAGUGCCAGCGAGCCAAAGGGGAAAGGCGGGCGCCGGCGGGGCUAUUAGAACCCUUACCAACACCAGAACGACCUUGGGAGGCAGUGUCGAUAGAUUUUAUGACUGAUCUGCCGAAGUCCAAGGGAAAACAGCCAUCAUGGUGGUGGUAGACCUACUAACAAAGAUGUGCCACUUUGUAGCUUGCUCGCAUGCAGUCACGGCGGAAGAGACAGCAAAGUUAUUUGUAGAACACAUUUUUAGGUUGCACGGGGUGCCAUUGAGGGUGGUCUCAGACCGAGGAAAACAAUUUACUUCCAGGUUCUGGAGGAAGCUCAUGAGCUUACUGCAGGUGGAGGUCAACUAUUCGACUGCCCGGCACCCUGAAACCAACGGGCAGGCGGAAAGAGCAAACGGUGUCCUCCAGCAAUACCUGAGGUGUUAUGUCAAUGACAGAGAGAAUGACUGGGUAGAAAAGUUGGCGCUGGCGGAAUUUGCCUACAACAAUGCCGAGAAUGUGUCCACAGGGAUGAGCCCCUUCUUGGCUAAUUAUGGGUGUCAUCCCAGGGCUUUCCCAGGGGGGGAAGGGGAGAGAUGGAGCGUACCGGCAGCCGAGCAUUUUGUAGAAGAAAUGGAAGCAAUCCACCGUCAGCUCCAACUCAACUUAGAAAGGGCGAAGGAAGAAUACAAGAGGCAGGCAGACAAGAACCGAAGGGAAGGUGAAACCAUAAGGGUUGGAGAGAGGGUGUGGCUGUCAACCCGAGGGGUGCCGUUCAAAGGAGGUUGUAAGAAAUUAAGACCCAGGAGGUUGGGUCCCUUUGAGGUCAUUCAACAGGUCAACCCAGUGGCUUUCAGGCUCCGGUUACCCAACCACAUGAAACUGCACCCAGUAUUUCACAGGUCGUUACUGUCACCGUACGAGGGGGGACGAGAAGGGAUGGCCACUCGGGGACCGGUCAUAGAAGAAAGAGAAUGCAGCAGUCAUGUGGCAGAAAUCCUUGAUGCCAGGUGGAAGGGGAAUCAGGUGGAGUAUUUGGUAGCGUGGGAAGGAGAACCGGAGUCAGAAAACACGUGGGUAAUGGCCAAAGAUAUCAAUGACGAGGUAUUGAUAGAAAUGUUCCAUCAAAGGUUCCCGCGGAAACCUCAGCCUGUGGAGAGGUUCCGGAGGGAAUACUUUGGGACCACUGAGGAGGAGGAGGAGUUGGAAGGAUUCCCAGAAUCGGAAGGGGAAGGGGAGAUGGACUCGGAGGAGGAGGAGUGCUUCGAGACCAGGAACCGCAACAGGUGGAGAGAAGUGUUCGAGACAUCGGAAGAUGAAGGAAGUUCAUUCCGGGGUUUUGCCUCCUCACCGCCCGUAGAGGAGGGGGCGAGAGGGGGUGAAGGGGGCCCUGGAGGGGAGGUGGAUGUCAGGGAACUGCCAUCGGUAGGAAGGGAGGUGAAAGGACUCAGACAGGUUGGAAGAGACUUAGCAGCUGAAGAGGAAACCAGCAGGGGAGAGAAGCUGAACUGAGGGAGGUGAAAGGGCUCAGACAGGUUGGAAGAGACUUAGCAGCUGAAGAGGAAACCAGCAGGGGAGAGAAGCUGAACUGAGGGAAAGGGAGCUGGGGGAUGGCUCAGAGAUACUUCCAGCGAAAACAGUGGUGAGGUUUCCGGACCUCCUGUAGCGACACCCACUCCUCGCCGGAAACUGUCACGCAGAGAGUCCAGAAGACGUGUUUCCGUUAAGGAGCUUUUAUGUUGGAAGCGAUUACGAAAGCAACCACUGUCGGAAUCUUCUAGUGACUAAGAGGAGCCAUGUCAGAGGGGCUCAGUCACAGACAGAGGUUUGUGGACUUGAACAAACUCUGAGGGAAUACGAUUUUACGCACAAGCAGCUCAUAAUCCCAUCACACCCCCCUUUGAAACUGCAUUUUCGCCUUGCAAUAGUUUUGCCUUAUUUUCUAGACAUUUGUAACCUUUCUGAAAUAUGUGCAGUGCCACCUCUUCCUUGUCCCGGUCUUCUCUUUGAUGGUUUUUUGGCUUUGCUGCACCUCUCCCACCUGGGCUCUUGAACGAGGUCAUUUUUACCAGUUGGUUCACUAUCCUGCUACUGCAACAAAUCAAUAACCUCAAGUGGGAGAGUCCAGUUCUAGCGUUGUUAAUAGCUCUGUGGCUUCCUUGUGGUUGGUGGUUGAGAGUUUGGUGUUUCAUUUAGGGGCUAACAAAAGUGAAAAGCCCAAUAGUAUCUUAUUCCUACAUCUUGCAGUUAUCGAGUGUUGUGGAGCGCAACUCUGUGCUUCGUUUUUUCAAAGUAUCUGAGAAUAAAUCCUGCAAGAUCAUGACUGGAUUAUUGCUGUGUAUUAUUCCUUCAACAUUUCUCAAAACUGUACAGAUCUUGUCUUUCUUUUUAAAACUGUGGGAGCACAUAACAAUAUUGUUUGUGGGGGGGCCUGCAUCACAUAGGUAUGCUGACAGUGCUCUGUGUACUCUCUUCGUAUCUUCUGGGGACAAUUCCAGGGAAAUUCUGUAAUAUUAUCUCAUUCUGCCCCUUCUUUAAACCUGCACACAUGUAAAUUAACAUUUUGUUAAAUGUUUUGAACUUCCUCAGGCUUAGACUUCAUGCCUUUAUUUUCCUGAAGCAGCCUUUUAUUUUUUUGUUCUGGCCGCAAACCUAAAUCCAUGGUUACAGAAGCAGUUUCAGUGGCUCCAUCCAGCUUUUCUGCUAUUACACUUCCCUUUGCUUUCAGAGCUGCCAUUCCUUCCCUCCAGGUUUCCAUGAUCAUGGCUUAUAAGGAGAUGUGUUGUGCUUCAAACUCCUCCUGGGUAUGGCAUCCAUUCUUUCCUCCCUUUUAAAGCUGCUAUUUUUUGCUAUUUUAGAAGGGACAGCUGCCAUUUUGUAUCCUUCUCCAACUAUCGUUUGAGCCUCACAUGGAGGGAAACCAGCUGUAAAGAAGAGUGGGAACAAAAGUGUUGGCAGGGAAGUGUUUGGAAUGAGGCAGAUGUUUAUUCUUAGAAGAGGGGUGCAGGUAGUGCUGUGGUCUAAAGCACUGAGCCUCUUAGGCUUGCCAAUCGGAAGGUCGGUGGUUCAAAUCCCCAUGACAGGGUGAGCUCCUGUUGCUCUGUCCCAGCUCCUGCCCACAUAGCAGUUCAAAAGCAUACCAGUGCAGGUAGAUAAAUAGGUACCACUGCAGCGGGAAGCUAAAUGGUGUUUCCAUGCGCUCUGGAGUCCCGUUGCUGACCACAUGACCUGGAAAGCUGUGGACAAAUGCUGGCUCCCUCGGCCUGAAAGCGAGAUGAGUGCCACAACCCCAUAGUUGCCUUUGAGUGGACUUAACCAUCCAGGGGUCCUUUACCUUUUUACCUCUACCUUUAUUCUUAGAGAACUUUAGGAAGAAGCUUGAACUUUUCCUGAUAACAUUUUGAAAAUGCUUCAAGAAUUGUGUGUGUGUGUGUAGAGUUCAACUAUCUAGCCAGAAGAAAACAGGAUUGUUGGCCUGGAUUCUGCAUUCCCUGUCCACCAAUGCAAGGGGCUGUUGUGCUGGCAAAAGGGUGAGAUAAAGGUUGUGCAGUACAAAAUCCAGUGCAAAAGUUGUGCUAGAAGAAGCUGGUUAUAACUGGAAGUGUCGGUGCUACAGCAAUUUGUUGUGCAACCAGCUACGAGAACCAUGCUGGCUUCUUGCACAAGUCACUCCACCAACACAACUGGUAAACUGCUGAAGAACUUAGUGCAACAUUGAAUUUCUCCCAUUCUUUCCUAUAGUUACUAUAUAAAGCUAAAAAAACAAACAGAAGAGAAAGUAAUUUUUUUAAUGGAAAUAUGAAGAACUUGACAGGAAGAACUAAUAAUGGUCAUUAUAAUUUACUUGAAACCCUUUUCCAGUCUGAACUGCAAAUUCAAUGUAUUUUUCUAAAAGUUUUUUCUUAAGCAUUUUCACAAUGUUUUUCAUAUAUGUGUAGAUUCGACCUAAGACUAGUCAGAGGGAAUGUUAUAUUUCUGGGCUGAAAGCCACAAAGAAAAUGCAGCAAGGAAGAAGCGGGAAGGACUUUCAAAGGGCAUAAGGAACAAUUACUGUUUUUCUUGUUGUUAUAUUUAUUUCCUGUCUUUUAUCCAAAAAGCUCAAGGUUGCUUCUAUGGUUCUCCCCUUCCCUAUUGGAUCCUUGCAACAACUGUGUGAGGUAAAUUAGGCUGAGAAAUGGUGACUGGCCCAAGGUUCCCCUAUGAUAUCAUCAGUUAGAUUCAGAACAAAAUGACAAGAGCCCUCUUUUGGCAUAAAUAUGUGGAGGACAAAAACUGGGGCAGGGGCAGUUGUGCAGCCCCCCCACCUCCCCACAUGUACUGAGCAUACACCCUCCUGCUUUAGUCUUCCAGCACUGAGAGGGAAGGUCUGAAAAGGGUUUGUGAGCAUAUUUAGCUGAACAUAUGUAAAAGCUUUCUUGGAAUCAGGAAGCCUGAUAGUGGCUGGGUUCCCAGUCAUGAGGAAACUUCUGAGUGUAUCCAGCCAAAUGUGCUUAGAAGUUCCCUUCAAACCAUCAUAGUCUGAUGUGAAGCUGGCAUAGCUGUGGGGGCAAGGCUUGCCUCUGUCCAAGGACCUUCUUCUACAAUUUUUGCCUCUGCAUCUUCAGACUGAACUCCUGAAGAGGGCUUUUCUGUUUGUGUUGUUAACAGAUAUCAGGUACCUGCUUGUUCUUGUACCUGUAUCCUCUGAAAUUCUAAACAAUGAAUCUGUUUUAUUGUAUUAUCUCCCAUCCUGUCUCUGUGGCUCCUCUCGUCUGCUUGUUUGCUUGACUGAAUAGCCUCAGAUUUAAAAAAUGUACUUCUUUAAUCUCAUGCCACUGAAAAGCCAACAGAAAUGUUUGUAUUGGGUUCCAGUUUGAAUGCACUCACAUUGAUGGUAGAUGUUCCCUUUAAUCAAAAGCCCAUCAUCUUAGUUGAGAGAUGACUAUUAGAGUUACAGGAAUGACAGAAAUUUCCGAGAAACAGACCUGUAUGCCUUUGCUUUAGUAGGAGACACAAUAGGAGACAUGGCUUUAUUUGCUGUUAGUAUAAACUUGCAAUUACACUUACUGAAGAAAAGAAGCAAUACAGGGCACAGAAAGCUGUAAGCUGUUGUCAGCCUCCUGAAAACAAAUGCUGAGAUGGGUCUAAAGCUUCCAUCUGGAAGCCAGGCCUACACAAAGCACGCUAUAAUGAUCCACUCCCAAAAUGUGGAACACAUAAAAGUCUUGCCCACCGAAGCAAGAAACUGUCACAAAGAUCUCUUGUAAAGUAUUGUUUCCACGAGAAUACAUGAUGGGCCUUGAGGGAAACGUCCUUGGACAGGAGUUUUGUCUCCUGCUUACGAAUCUUUCUCGCAAAACCCUCAUGGAUAUUUCAUUCCACUUGAAUAUCUCCGUGGGUGAAAUAAAAAAUGCACUGAAAUUAGAAUUUGAAAUGCAAGUCUUUAUUGUUGAUGCUGCCGUAAGGAUAGUAAUGUUGAACUAGGGCUGUCAUAUUUCACAAGAGAAAAUCUAGACAAAAAGUCAUCGAGAUUCUUUUUUUUUUUUUUGCCAAAGUUGAGCUUUUUAUAGGAAAUUUGCCCAAAAAUUCAACACUUCCAAAAUGGGCUGCCAUACGCCCGCCUUUUCCCAGACAUUUAAACAGAAUUCUGAAAAUUCCACCCAGAUGCCAUUUUUGAAGAAUCCCAGCAAUGUCUGGAAAAUUCUAGAUGUAUGGCAGCCCUAGUUGAUCUGUUGCAGCAAAGACAAAAAAGUGUCUUGUGUCAGCUUAAAAACUAUCUGUGUUAUUAAGGCAUAAAAGUCUGUGAUCAUCAGAUGUAUGAAGUGUUAAUUCUGAGUUAAAGAGAUAGGUGUGGCUUUGGAGUGACAGCUAACAGUGAGGUUAGAGGGAUGCAGGAAGUAAAAUGACGGUGAUUAUUACGCAAUUAACAGUGGGGAAAACUGCAAAUCAAAACUUGAAUAUUUGACUUUGCAUAUGUGCAUUGUUCUCAGUUUAAAGUACAGUACACUGUAUUGUUUUAUACCAAUUCCCAUCUUUCACUCCUCUUAAAAAAGUAUCAAUUUGUUACAUUGAAAAUAUUUCCAUUAUUAACGACAAAGUGUUUGGAAUUUGCAAACUCCAAACAUUACAUUAGCCCUCUGUCUGAAAAGCAUUUUAUAGUAUCAUGCAUUCCAAGUACUCCAUGCUGAGAUAACAGUGACCCCAGCAUUUUGCCUGCAGACUCAAAACGAUUUCCUUCUACUACUGCAGUAUAUGUUAAGAAGCUGUUGCUGCUGCAUUAAUGGUUACUUAGCAGUCAUCCGCAUUCUAUAAUGAGUAGCUUUUACUUCCACCCAGACAAGAAUUUAGGCCAUUUAAAACCUUGUCUUCUUGAAUGCCUUAGUGCCUCUUUGGUAUUGUGCAGGACCAUAGUCAGAGAGGAGAAAGCUACUGACCCUCAGCCUUGGGGCAGAGAUAAAGCUUUUAAAUCAAAUUAAGUAAGCUCUUAAGAUGUGUUAGCAUGACAUGGCACAGCAUCUGCCACUUCCAAAGCCCACAACAUUGAGUAUCCUGCUGUGGAAUUUCAGGAGUGGGGGCAGAAGUCAAACACUCUUGCAAGAAAAACAGAAGUACUGUCAACUCUACCCAGAAUAUCUUUAGCAUGGUUGAUAAGAGAUGUGCCAUUUUUUUGCCACAAACAUACAAUGGGGAAUGUGAGGCAAUUGGGUCUAUAGAAUGCUCCCCUCAAGCAGUACCUUUUCCCUCUGCUUUUCAGAGGUGUGCAUUCAUUGCUUUCCUUUUCUGCUUCUACUUAGUGCUUUCCCCCUUCCUCUGGGGUCUCUUCUUCCCUGAGUGAUCCUAGACAAUCAGGGAUCACACAGGGAAUGUGAUGACAACAUUCAGAUCUGGCUACAUGUUAACAACACUAUGGACAAUUGAAGCUGGCACUUUGCCCCUGGUAUAAAUUAGCGUGGGGAGGAAACGCACAUAUGCCAAGGGAACCAUGCUGCAUUGGCAAGACAGAGAGCAUGGGCCUUGACAACAGAAAUGCACUUUGCAGAUGUUUUCAGUCACUGUUGAGGGACCUGAAUGAUUGGGUAAAGGGGGAGUCACUUUUUCCAUUGGAUGAAAAAAAUAAUGAUGUGUCUCUCCCCUCCCAGUUUCAGCUCAGCUUUUAGGUACAACCGCUGCAGGUAAACCAGUGUUUCCCACAACAACAAAAAUAUAAAGCAUGCAUUGCAUACACACCUGUGUAGUGGGAACUUGACUUGAACUGGGUACACAUACAUGUGUGUUCAAAGAUGCAGGUACAUUGUUCACACUUGAUGUAUUUGGUAUGAGGAACACUGUUGCGCUAGCAGUGUGAAAGCCGCAGUAGCAUAAACUGGGCUGCCCUUGAAAGAAACAGGGGACGAUGUCCCCAUUGGGACUGCUGGGAUGACAAACAAACAAACAAACAAACAAACAAGUAAGUGGAGCCAGAGCCAGUGAUAGGCAGAAGCAUCUCCCGAGUACAGUGGUACCUUGGGUUAAGUACUUAAUUCAUUCCAGAGGUCCGUUCUUAACCUGAAACUGUUCUUAACCUGAAGCAGCACUUUAGCUAAUGGGGCCUCCUGCUGCUGCUGCGCCGCCGGAGCACGAUUUCUGUUCUCAUCCUGAAGCAAAGUUCUUAACCUGAAGCACUAUUUCUGGGUUAGUGGAGUCUGUAACCUGAAGCAUAUGUAACCCGAGGUACCACUGUAGCUGUAAGAAAGAAGGCAGCCAAGAGAGAGUUAGCUGAGGGCAGAAAGGGCAAGUAGGUUGCUGUCCCACUAAACUCAAAUGAAUCAGCCUCCACUGAUCAAUCAUUUGUUUUCCAAACACCGCUUUGUCCCUAGCAGAAGAUAUUGUCUUCUAGAAAGGGAAACGGAACCCCUUCGUAGGUGAAUAGCAAGCCAAUAAUUUGUAAAUAAAGAAAACCGUCAAAAACUAUAGACAUUAUUUUACCGUACAAUCCAUGCACAUACAGGCCUUAUGCCACCAUCGUAAGCACAUGUGAGAGCAAUCUUCGUUUCUUAUUUAUUUAUUUGAGAAUUCUAUUGUGCCUUUCAAUGUAAAACCUCCUAAGGCACACAAUGGGGGGAAAGUGAAAAACAUUGAUCUACAUCAGAAUGGCUGGUGGGGUGGCUAUCCCCUACAUAACACAAAUGAAAUGCUCUACUGGCAAUGUUUGGAGAUGGCUUUGAUUUCACGGCUCCGACUGCAUACAAUAAUUGGGUAACAACACCAUUUUGCUUCAGCCCACAUUUGGCUGAAGAUCAUAAGCCUGAUUUGCUUAUUUUGCCUUCUUCUAGAAGCUGCAGCUUGGUCAUGCAGCUGAAGUAUCAGAAGCUGUCUACUAUGCUAUGCUUUCUCUUGUUUAUCCCCAGUCACUGACUGUGCCACACUGGUUUACGGGGGUUUACUAUCACCGCUGGAAACUCCAGCUUUGAAUAGGAUUGAUAGUGCGUGCCUGUCAUAUUUCAGCAUGGAUGCUGUUCCACAAAAACAGGGGCAGCCAUUAUGCAUAGUACUAUACAAAAUAACUUGAUAACAUUUAUUUUUAUAAAUCUCUUAUAUUUUAAUUUGAUACUUAGAUUUACAUAUUUGGUAGAAAGUGUAUGCAACCUUUAGUUCUCUCCCUCCCCAGCCCUGAUUUACAGCUUUUUUUAGAAUGAGGGUUACCACCAGACCCUAAAAAUUAUUUUAGGAUUAUUUUGAGACAAAAAAGUCUCCUGUCCUCUUUGGACUUCAAACGGGAUGCCUUUCCAUCCCGUAUUUGAGUUUGGCCAGCCAAAAAUGGUGGUUGCAUCACUGUUGGUGCAGCUGACAAGCAGCCCAGCCAGGCGUGAGCGACAAUAGAAAGAAGGGGAAAGGAGAGACCUCCUCAGCCGCCAGCUGCUGAUUUAACACUGUGCAAGUCCGCUCUCACUUGACUCCCUCUGCCACUCUGAUCUGACCUCCCCUCCUCCCUCCUCCAUGCUCGAGCCUUUUCCCCCACCAGCAUGGGCAAGAGGCUAGAAUUGUGGCUCGUCUCCCAUGGGAGCUGGCCCCUGCCUGUCGAUGUGAGUUAAGGGGAAGAGUGGGGCCAGGGUGGUGAGGGAGUUGGGAGGCCAAAUUUGGGAAACUCGUCUCUACAAAGGGGGCAGGAUUUGGUGGGCCCCCCAAUCCCUACCCCCGACCUGUCCCAUAUUUUGCCUGACCAAAGGUGGCAAUUGUUAUGUACUGAAGUUCUCACUCUGGGCCAGAUAGUUUUCACUCAGGUCCGCAUAUGCAAAUAAGGAAUUGAAAGUGACGUUCAGUGAUUGGAUAGUUACAGAAAGUGUUACAGUUGCGUUGUAGUGGAGCUCUAUAUAAUCAGGCUGGCUGAACCCUUCAGUUCAGUUCUGUUCUGGCCUGUGAAUCAACAAGAGCUGUCUGAAGAAUCGCUGUGUCGUCUGAUAUGUUCGCCCACAACUUAACAGCAACCUUAUUUAGAACCAACACUUGUGGUUAAACCUACAACAAAGAAACAUGAUUUUGGAUGCUGGACUCCACCCAAUUGGGCUCCCAUACUUGAUUGUUCUUUGGAAGUCACUGCCCUGUUGUCAUGCUUACAAGAGCUCCAGUCUAUUUAAAACUGCCCUGUAUAGUUUCAGUUUCUAAAGAUACGGCUUCAAAAUCACCCUCUUUCAAUGCUCAGCCAUUAGGGCCCUUUUAAAAAGCGAGAUUUAUAGUGACAAUAAGUCGGCAAGCGUAGCAGGAGAGCGCACAAAGGAAAAAACAAUAGCAGCCGAAAUAACCGAUUCUGGCUGCUUCCCCUAGAGAGAUAAUUAUGCAGCCACUGUCAACGCGCAGUUCAGAAUCAAUUUUCAGAUUCAUUCCAGAUCAAAUGUUGCAUCCAAAAAUAAAUAUUCCACUAUAAAUAUUAACAUCAAUGAGCAAGGGGAAGGAAGGAAGGGGGACAGAAAGUACUGGAGAUCCAGGAAAACUGAGGAGGGGGCUACUCUUGCAAGCCAAGUCUGCAUUGUAAAAGUCACACUGGAUGUGCGAAUCGCACCAGUAGUGGUACUCAGGCCAAAAUAUGUCAAAUUGGAAUAUUGUUCCAAUUUGGCAAUGUUAUUACCAUUUGAAAUGCUUAUUCCCCCACUCCCUGCAGGCAACUUCAUAUCCAUCCAAUAAGUGUUCCAUGUUACAAGAGUAGGAAUAAUGUAUUCUUCUCCCCCCAAUGUUUGUUUCCCUAUAAUGGUUUUAAACAGGAAUUGUUAAUUUGUGAAUAAGUUAGACAUUUGGAAACAUUGUUAUAGCCUCAUUUUGCCUCAUAGCCAUUGUAGACCAGCAGCUAGGAAGUUGGGCUAAAGGACCUGGCUCAGCUCCUGAGACUGUUUUCAGUAUUGCAAAAUUCCUGCAUGUAAGACACUUCCAUGUAGGAAUUAGCAUGUAGCCCUCAAAGCAUGUAAUCCUGUCACCUUAAGGCGCUCACUUCACUUAUUUAUUAUUGUGGGGUGGGGGGAGGGGAAGAAUAGCAUGAACGCAAAAACCAAGGGAUCUGGCUGUUAUAUAUUGUGGCUAUUACACAUUGGACCCCCUCUUUUUGUCCCUGGAAUAUCCUUUAAAAUAAAAUAAAAAUCACAGCUGGUACAAAUAACUCUUUCGAGAAAUAUCAAAUUAGUAUCAAAAACAUGUUUUCCUGAAUUACAGUUGUACUAUUAUUAGUUAUAUGGACGUAAAAUCAUAAGGAAGCUAAGAGAGUAUGAACAUCCUCUCUCUUUUCCUUACAUUGUGCAAGAUAACACAGGCUGCAUUGUUAAAAUACUUCAAAAUCACAUAAUGAAACAGUAACUCCUAGGCUGAAAGCAGCACCAUUUUUCCCCCUUAGUGAUUCUGUGCUGCUUAUUUAGGAGUGAUGCAAUUACCUUCCUACAGCUUGAAGUUUUAUUCAACUCUUGUAGCAAUUAAUUCUCCUAAUUUGCUCCAUAAGGCUCUUCUUGAUAUAUAUCUUCCUUCCAGCAUUUAAAUCAGGCCUGUACAAUGUUUGCUCCCUCCCUGUCCUAAGCCAAAUAUAGCCCCCAGCCAUAUAUUCUGACAAUGCCUAUGCCUUCGCGACCCCAGGCAGACAGAAAACCCAAGAGGCUUACUCGCUGUGGGUGGACUACUGAAUAUGAUUGGUGGGUAGCAGCAGCUAGCCUAGCAUCUUAUCAGCAGUGAAGUUGGCACAAUAAGGCCACCAUUGCUUGUAGGGAACAACUUGCCAUCUUUGGUCUUUCUUGUGCACAGGCUCAGAUAAAGCUAUGAAAGUCAUGAAGUCACUCUCAGGUGGGCACAGCAGUGGUGCCAUGACCAGAGUGAUGGAAGGAGGAGGAGGAGGAGGAGGAGGAGAAGAAGAAGAAGAAUCCUCAGGCCAACCAACCUGGCUGGUUCUGAAGCAGCAGUAGUUACCCAUUAGCACCAGGCUCCAAGUCCUGCCCUCCACAGCUGCUCUUCCCCCACAGAAAGCUAGUUGCAGUCCAUCUGCUGCUGAUCUCAAGUUGGCAUGUCAAUAGCAUACAGGGGGCAGGGGGGACAUGAUAUCCCAGGCACCUGGUCCCUUUCUUCAGAGGCCACCCUGCUCGUUUGAUUGUGUCAUUACAUGGCAGAGUAGGAACCUACAGAAGAUAGAACUCAUUGAGCUACCUGAUACUGAGUCAAACCAUUGGUCCAUCAAGGUCACUAUUGUGUACAGUAGAAUCCAAACUUGUGGCCCUGCUGAUAUUGUUGGACUCCAACCCUCAUGAGAACCAGCCAUCAUGGUCAAUGAUCAGGGAUAACAGUGCCCUACUCCUUCUCAGCAGCUUCCCAAGAUUGUAGACAGGAGUCUCUCCUAGUCCUACCUGGAGAUGCCUGAGACCUUCUUCAUUCAAAACAAAUACUCUAUGGUUGAGCGACUGCCUGGGACCUACAAAAAACGGAGCCAGCUCUGGUCACAAUCCAUGGAGGCUUGACAUACAUAUUUCUCUAUGCUAUAUUGAAAGCCACACGGAUUUUAAAAACCCCCACUCCUAUUUAGUGAAUCCUUAUACUGAUUGACUGUUUCAGAGCAAAAAAAAAAAAUUACAAUCAAUUUUGUAACAGGCGUGCAAGUCUCAUAUAGGCAACCUCACAUGACAACUGCACGCACCGCUGUUUUGUCAUAUAAAUAGGGUGCACACAAGCUCAGAAGUCGCAGCCUGUUGUGCAAUUUGGAGAAGACAUGUGCUGAUCUGCUCACCAUUUGAAUGUUAAUGGAACUGCCUUCUGCGCAGGAAUUUAGAAAUGCUUGGAGGCUCAUCACAGCCAUUCGCUGAUGAAUGGCUCUGUGAAAUUGACUGUUUCCCAGUCUCCCGCUUCCCAUCUGUAAGAUAUAGUAGUCACUACCUUGCAGGCUAAAUGAGUAAUGAAAUAUGGAAACAUUAUGAUAGUUCCCGAGGCCUAGGAAUAAGAAAGGGUAUACAUUUACAAGAGCAUUUUCCAUUACAGUUUAAAACUGGUGCUGAAUUUCCAUAAAGGGAGAGAUUUGUGUCUAAACACUCUGCCCGAAAACCUUCUCUCUCUAUCUCCCACUAUACAAGAUCCUCUUUUGGUCACCAUGCAUAUCCUCCGUCUUUGGAUGUAUGCACACCAACCCAUUUGUAGCACAAAUAUGUCGUUUUCCUCAUCCUGGAAUCUUCCAUGUUUGUCCUUAAUAAGCUGCUUUCAUUUGAUUGAUUCUAAAUUCUGCUGUCCGCAAAGGUGGGGGCAGUUACUUGGUAUGCAUUUAGAAACCCUCCCCGAUUAGGAUAUCCACACAUUUUCUUCCCUGCACAUGUUCCAGGUGAAUGGUGGUGCUUGCAAUCUGGGUAUACAUCCACCCACAAUGUCAUUGAGCAGGUGCGGAUACUGCCCCCAUUGCUGGGACUGCCUACAUCUGUUUUCACCUGUUUUCGAAUGGACACACUAUAGGGCUGUCUAGAAUAAACCAACAAUGACCUUUUAUUUUCAGAAAGAAACCAGUUGCUCAAAAAGUGUUUUUCAGAGCAAAAAUAUGCAACAGAUCUAGAAUGUGUGCGGACUGGGGGGGGGGGGGGCAAAUACUAAGCUCUCAUUCUCCAUUGAUGUCAGAAUAAAAUGUGUGCAGGACUGAAUCCUGACACUAGCAGGAGAUUCCGGAGCUGAUCUUUGGAAUUAAACCCUGCUUAUCGUGUAAGAUUUCAAGUCUAUGAAUAUUAAUCUCCAGACUCAAUUUCUCACAUGCUCUUUUUGCCAGAUGCUUAUCCCAAUUCCGAAGUGAUCUAUGUGUGGACUCACAGCCCAGCUGCAUCCGUGGUAGUAGCAGAAGACGGUUCAAGACUCAACCAAUAUCACUUGAUUGGGCAAACUGUUGAUUCUGAGAACAUCAGUACCAGUACAGGUGAGGAGGGAGAAGGCAUGCUGUUUUUGGCAACUCAUGUGUUUAUUUUUGCAAACGGUUUAGAUUCCUGAACAUCAAAACAUCUAAGUAACACAUCACAGAAGCAUUAGAAUAUCAGAAUGAAACAAGAGUCAGGCAGAUUCAAAAUGCUGGUUGUGGACAAAUUCAAAAACAAUACCAAGCUAGAAAAAAAUCAGGUUUUUUUCCUAUCUUGGUAUUGCACCAUUAAAAAAACACACAGUGCAACGACACUGAAAGCCAACUGACCCACUUAGCCAUGGGAUACUGUCAGCAGUUGUGGACUGUUGUGGUCUAGCAGUGGUGUGGAGUGAGAGCUGGUCCCUCAGGUUACCUGGUCUUGAGAUGCAGAGGAUGUUGCUGUAUAUACCAACAAUAAAACAUUGAGCUUGGCCUGGUAGCAUAUUGGCAGCCACUGCAAUUCCCCGAACAAAGGUGUUACAUGAUAAUAGUAGUCUUCUCCACAUAGCAAUCUAGCAGCUGCAUUCAGCACCAACUGCAGCUUCAGGGUCAACUUCAACGGCAGACUGAAGUGCAUUGAAAUAAUCAAGUAUUGAGGAUACAAGGCAUGAACCACUGUACCUAAAUUAUAUGAGUGGUUGUGGGUGGCACCUCAGCCAAAGCUGGUAGAAAGCACUCCUAGCACUGAAGCCACCUGGACCUCCGAUGUUUUAGUCAAUGUGGAAAAUGAGAGAUUCACUUCUGGAAAUUUCAGGCACAUUUUUAAAGUCAUUUACCACCGGUUGAUUAUAUUUUCACUUCCCUCUUUUGUUCUCACAGUGAGUGUGGAUUAAAUAAUUGGUGCUCCCUUGCCCAUCUUAUUUAUGUAUCCUUGCAUCUGUAUUCCAGCAUUGCUCCACGGAGCUCAAGCAUUCUCCCCUCUCCAUUAUUUUCUCACAACCACCCUGUGAGGUGGGUUAGGCUGAGAGGAUGUGACGGGCCCCCAAGGUCACUCAGCAAGCUUCAUGGCUAACUGGGCAUUAGAAGCCAGCAUUCUAACCACUUGUUUGGGUGUGGGUAGGAUGUCUUGUUUGGGUGUGGGUAGGAAAAGGAGGCAAUAUUGCUCAAGCAUGCAUAUAUACCGGUACCACUUGCAUGAGGAGAACCCACUGAAAAGCCUAGUGACAGGAAUGGGGAACUGCAGCUCUUCCCAUUUUGGUGGACAACAGCUGCCAUCAUCCCAGACUCCCAGCCCCAUGUUGUCUGGGCCUGAUAAGAGUCAAGAGUUCAACAGCCUCUAGUGAGGACUACAUGUUCCCCAUCACUGCAGGAGGAGAAGCUGAUACAUAAACGCUUGACUGGAGAUGCCUCAUUCCCCCACUGGAUACUGCAGUGCUCGAGUGAGAAUACUGCAUGUGUGCACCACCAGUUCAGUGGCUUUAGUGGCUGUGAGCAUGCAGUCAGGUUGUGGUAUGCCUGAUUCAUGCUCGGACAGUAUCCAGGAUCCAAAACACCACAUGCAUUUUCAGUCUUUCUCUACCAUAUAUGUGCGACACAAGUGUGUCAUGAAAAGACUCCCUGAUUUUGCAUGCUUUUUCUCGUGUUUGAUUUGGGCCAUCACACAUCUAGGCUGAUGCAUGUGCCGCUUGGCCUACAUCACACUCUUUUAGGUGCAUGAGGAGGAUUCCAAUCUACCAUCCGUGCCUGGCUACAUGUGUGCAUUUAAUGAAUACAGAGCAUUUCAUUAAUACAGAGUGAAAAGGUAGAAGCCUGAGUAUGCACCCAAAGGCAGCUAUAGGUAUUGUGGUGAUAAAGGAGCUUAGUCUAUGGGACUAUGUUCAGUGGGGGGAAACACAGAGAUGGGGAACCUGUGGCCUGCCAGAUACUGCCAGACUACAGUUCCCAUGGGCCCUAUCAGCUGAAGCUGAUGAGAGCUGGGGUUCAGCAACAUCGGAAGGGCCCCACAGUUCCCCACUCCUGCUCUAAAAGUGACAGCAACCUAGCAAUCCAAAGGAAAUGCUAUUCUUUGUCCAUGUCCUGAAUAUAGGACACACUGAGCAGGCAGCAUAAAUCAAUCCUUUAAUACCUUUUGAACUUGCCAUAUCUGCCACCCUGUCUCUAACAGAAUGUGCAUGAGCACAAAUCCAAGAGGCACAUCUCUACAACCAGGGGAAAGCUGCACCUGUUGGAUGGCUGCCUUCGUGCAGCUGCUCCACCAAGGCCAAAUCUUCUGCGGCAACAGCAGCAGCAGCAUAGUCCGACACUUGGGCGCUAAGGAAAGGAAGGCCCUUGAGGGGAACCGGGGACGAGGCGCCCGCAGCUUCCCCCGCGUUUUGCAGAGGCUGCUUUCGCUCGUGCCGGCUUAUUCCCCUCCUGCAGGAGGCGAACAACCGCCUACGCGUUUUGAUCUCUCCCCCUCUCUCUCUCGAGCUUUAAAAUGAUUUGUUUGAUGAAACGCAUUUGGAGGCGGGCGGGGUAGAGAGGGGGGGGAGGAAGUGGCAGCUGUUGCCUGACUUUGCAGCGUGUCCGAAGGACCACGUGGCUGCAAAGGAGGCGCUAACCCGAAGGAUUCUCCCAUUUCCUCCCUAACUGGAAGUGGAGGCGCCAGAUGUGGCAGCAUUAGGGAACUAAAGAAGCUUUAAUCCCGCGCCCAGCCACCCACGUGAGACCCCCCCUCCCCCGCUCCCGGCCUGGCUCGGGGUUCUAUGUCAGGGCAAUCCUGGCCGGCGAUUGGCUGCAGCGCGUUCGGAGGGGGCGGAGGAGGGAGGGCCGCGGCCCCGGACCGAGGUCCGGGAGUCACAUGGGGGCGGCAGACAGAGGGGCUGCAACAGGUUACAUAACGGCCUCGCCUUCGCUGCUGGGAACGAGGCGGGGACGGCGUUGUGCGGUAAUUAGAAACUAAGCACCUCGCCCGGGGCGGAGGGAGCGAGGGGGCCGCACGCUGCGCCCAUCGGGGGAGACGCCGCCGAAGGAAACGCGGGGCUCCUUUGUCCCCGGGGUGGUGGCGCAGACCUCCGGAGGAAAACCAGCAGGGUCCCCCGGGGCUGAUCCGGGGUGGGGCGGAGGAGCUGCCUGUUCGAUCAGGGGAAAGGCUAUUUUUAAGGGAUCCCUUCAUGGAGACAAAGGCAGACACGGGGCUAAUGGGAAGGAGAAGCGAUGGCACAGCUCCAAGCUGCCUCGUUCGCAUCAGCAAAGGCGCCCGCAGCUCUUCCCAAGCGGCGACCCGUCGAGUGCCCAGCGGGCUGCUUUUGAAAUCUAAAGGGCGACAAUAAGGCGGUGGGUGGGCAAGGAGGAAGGGGCGGCGGCGGAACGGAACUUCGCGCGGAGCGCCACAAACCUGGCAAUUGUCUGAUCAAAGCUAAGAUCGCACCGAUUCCCCCCCAAACCUCACAUCCAGGGCUCCGCAAAACAAGCGCGCACCGAUCCACAAGUCAAAAAGCUUUCGUUUUGUUUGGGGCAGGGGAGGAGGGAUGGUGGAAGUUAGAGGAGCACCUGCACGAUGAAACCAGGGCGGGCAGGUAGCAGCAGCAGCAGCAGGCGGCCGAGUUUCUUACCAGUUCACCAUCAUCGCGGCAUUGUUCUCUGCGAUGAAAGGCAGCUCCCCUCUCGCCUUCAGAAUUGCCAGGAGGAAGAUCCAGAGCGCGUGCCGAGGCAUCUCCUAGGGUCGUGCGCGGCUCCUCGGAGCAAAACCACAAUCCCAAGCGAGCGGUGGGCGCUCCAGGGUGCCAGGGGACUCAACUCGGCCACUACUCUGCAGGGCACUUGCGAAGGGGUGCAAACAGCUUCAGCCUCAAGGAAGCAGCAAGAUUCGUAGCAGAAUUCAAAAUGUUAGUGCCCGGGGGCACCGCCUCCCUUAAGGUUUGCAAAGGUUUAAGCAAAUAAAAUGUUGGUUUGCAACAUCAAUAGGUUUGCUUUCCCCCCCUUUCUUUCUCCCCCUCCCCGUCUUCUGCUUUCUUUCCCCCCUUGCUAACGUCCCAGGUUACAUCUGUGCGGGCUGGGUUGUGAUUGCAGGGUGGAUCACAAAGAGCAGGACACAGAUUGUAACCAGGGAUUAGCAAAAUACAAAAAUCCGAUUUUACACAGGGGAAGCAUCAGUCAGCUAUGGAUUUUCUGGGCUUCAUCAAGCUCGCAGGAGGCCUGUAAUCGGGGUUACUUGUGAACGGAUUUCCAAGAUGUUCUGUCCUUCCACAGAGCUGUGGGAUCUGAAAAUAACAAGCAUAGACCCGUGAAAGAAUUUCACAGUUUGCGUAUUUUGCUCCUGCCUCGUUUCCCCCCUUUGCAAUUGCUUCUUAAAAAGAAAAAAACAACACCCCCCCACACACACAGCACCACACAACCUAUAAAUAAUAUGCCAUUUUUAUUUUAAACCAUGCAACAAUUGGUGAGAAGGUGGAAGGUUCGGGAUGAUGUGAAGCAGAUGUGCUCACAGCGAGGGCUGAUUCUGCUCUUCACUGGGGACUGAAAGUAAAUUGGUCCAAAAUCCAAAACCACAUCAUGCAUGGAUACUGCCUGCAAUAUGCUUGUUGGAAAUCAAAGGAGCCAGUGUGGUGUGGUGGUCAGAGUGUUGGAUUAAGACCUGGGAGACGGGGAUUCGAAUCCCCACAUAGCCGUGAAGUUCAUUGGGUGAUCUUAAGCCGAUUGCUCACUCUCCGUUUAACCUACAUUGCAGGGUGGUUGUGAGGAUAAAAUGGGGGUGGGGAGAACUAUGCAUGCCACCUUGGCCUCCUUGGAGGAAAGACAAUAAAGAAAUAAUGUGUUGCUUUCAGUAGGGUGAGCAUGAUGCAGAGGACUGCUUCUGCAUGUGGGUCACCUUACUUGGGAUAGGGUGCCAGGCUCCAGGGAACCAGCUUUUGGGACAGCCACUGCAGGUCUUUGCUAGGAAGCACCAAUCUCAAGAAGAGAUUCUGCAGUAGAUCUCAGAUGGAAAGACCUGGACUCAAAGGAUGCAGAACUUUAAGGCCUUGCCAGUUUUGGGAAGCCAGAUGUUGUUUUUUGAGAAAAAGGAUGACACUUUCAUAUAUAUUUCUUGCUCUCAUUUGGUGCCUGCUUACCCCUAAAUGAGACCCUAAGUUUUAGUGAGUGACUUGAUUUAUUUAUUUUAAACCAGACUACAGCCAGCACAUUCAGCUUUUAACCUAGGUUUUUCCUCACAGCAAAAAUAUACAUCUCGCCUCGAGUAAAUCCUGUUGCAAGAUCCAUACCACAUAUAAUCUCUCUACAGUCUGGAGCUCCUUAACUGUGCUUGGUAGAGUUGAGCAACUCUUCAUCUAUUCAGCAGGUGCAAAAAUUGGUAGCAUAUUAGUCCUUCAUGCAAAAUCAUCUCCUUUCUACUGGUGCACAUAGAUCCACAUAUUUAUGGAUUAUUAGAAUCAAAGGAAAAGUCUGUGUUAAGGUGUGUAGUGGACUGCAUAAAGUAAAUUUGCAUAGAGUUCAGCCCUGGUGAUGUAGUCACUAAAGCUACAAGGAGACAGUAAUUCAGGACACAGUAAUUGCCUGCAGUCUGUAGAUCACCAUGCUAUUGGGGUAGGAACUCUCCAUGGAAAUGAUACAGACCUUGAGACCAGGUCCUCCAGUGGAAGCCACAGAAAUGAUUCCAUGUGACAAUAACUAUACUGCAGCCUUUGCCAACCUGGUGCCCUCCAGAUGUUUCGGAUCACAAUCAUAGGAGCUAACUCCUAGGUCCCUUCAGCAGCCCCAAUAAAAUAUUUGAGGGGGUUGAGCCCACCCCACCCCACAAUUUGCCAUUCAAAUCACAAAUAUUGUGAUUGGCACCUUCAAUGGGCAUUGUAAUCCAAAAUUUCUUGAGGGCACUAGAUGGGCAAAGACUAAUUGAACCUCCACAACAAUGGGAGAGAAUCCUUGUCAGUGCUAAUUGUCACUGAAAAUGUGUGGCAGAGACAUGAGGACUCCCCCAUACGUUGUGCAGUGCUCCAGAAUAAAUGCUCCACAUAAUAGGUGCUCCAUAAAUAAACUCUUAUGGGGAAGCAUUUUCCAGCAACAUCCACGUGGGGCCACAGCAUGGAUUGAGCGGGACCAUGGAAGGUCACUCUUCUUCACCAACAACUGGGUAGGUAGGCAGAGUACUAGCACAACUUGAAACAUCAUGAACAAAGUCUACGAAGCUUGGAUACCAGAGAGCAUCUCAGCUUAGAAAUAAGCUUCAAGCGGAUGGGUCUUGCUUGGCUCUAACUCUGUCCUCACCUUAUUUUAUAGCACAGCCUGCCUCCCCCCCAAGACCUGGGAACUGUAGUUAAGGGUGCUGGGGAUUGUAACUCUCCCGGUGGUAAACAUUUCUGAGGAUUCUUUGGAGUGGAGCAUUUUAAAAGCAUGGUGUGUAUGCUUUUGUUCCCAGCCAGUGGCUUAUGAGUACAAAAAAAAGUCCUCAGUUCAUUUCUUUUGUUUGAACCAUCCAAUAUUGUCAUAUGGAAGAACUGUUAGACAGAAGACAGCUGUUUACAAACCAGUGCUCUGGCUUUUGUUGAUAACUUAUGUGUGUUGUUUUCUCUUCUUCUGCCACCUUAGGUGAAUAUACUAUAAUGAGAGCACACUUUCACCUGAAAAGAAAGAUUGGCUAUUUCGUCAUCCAGACGUACCUUCCUUGUAUUAUGACGGUGAUCUUAUCCCAAGUAUCAUUUUGGUUAAACAGAGAAUCUGUCCCUGCUCGAACAGUCUUUGGCAAGUAUUUCACUUCUCUCUGGUGUUUUUUUUUAAGUGACCUUUACUCUAAGGCAGAGGACGGAGAACCCUAACCAGGUGUCCUGGUGACCUAACCACCAUUGGGUAGGAGGCAAUGCUUAACUCUUCCCCUGCCAACCAGUUUCCCCCUGUGCAUGCCCCUGUCUCAGGCAGUUCCUUGCCUUUUCUCUCCACCCCCUCAGCCCCACCAGCAGGGUCUGAGGGAAGCGGGGGCCACAGCCCUACAUGCAGCUUCAAUCACAGAAGCAAGGAAAUGUAACAUUAGAGUCCGCCAUCGGACAGGAAGCUGCAUUCCUACAUCUCAGCCAGCUUGCAGCCUGAUUUGGGCAGAGGGCACAGUUAUUCCUGAAGCCAAACACCAUGUGUCCCAUUUAUCAUAGCAGCCUGCUUGAUUGAAGUAGUGGCCACUCACUUUGUAUGGAUUUUGACCAUGCCAGGCGAACCUCACUGCCAGAAUCACCCAGAUCAUGUAGGCCAAUGAUCACCAACGGCUUUGGACUUGUAGGCAUAUAUGCAAAAUGGAGAAACUCUUGUUUCCACACACACACACACACACACACACACACACCCUGCUGCCAAGCACACAUCACAACCUGUUCUACAGGCUGCAAUUGAAUGCUUCCUUCAAUCCUGCUUUCAGCAUGGGGAGGGCACCCUGGGGAUACCCUGGAAGGUCUCUGCAGGCAUAUGUCUGCCGCUGAUCCACAUGCUGUUAGUAUCCAGUUUUAGGUCUUCAUUCCACAUUAUGACUUCUAUUUUCCUCCCUCAGUAUUGCACGUUUCUAGAUUUGAUAUAUUGGGGUGCUCGCACUGCAUCAGGCUUUGCAAUUUCCAAGGAGCCGAUCAAUGCUUAAUAGCAAGCGCCAUCUUUAGAAGUAUUAAUUAUUCAUUUUAUUUCUUCGUCCCCUAAUUGCAAAUGUGGCUCUAGGUGACAUACAAAGUCAGGGUGUACAUUUAUCCAUGUUUUUAGGCCUGUGCUAAUAGGCAUUUUACUGCAUUUGCCAUUGCCUGCAGCUACAAGCAAUAAAUAUUUAUUGGAUUGGGCAUACAAAGGAAGAUAAAACAAAAUCAAACUGCAAUUCCUGCAAUUCAUUUGCUUUUCAGCAGAACACCCCUCCAAGGCAAAAACUCAUCAAUUGCCAUCAACCCACAGCAACUCAGACCAAUGGAGUGUUUAUAUGAAAUGCCGGUGAGGUUGGUAGAUGCUAAAAGAUGUUCAGUAUUUAAGAUGUUGAAAGGUUUGGGAGAAGAUGGAAAGUCUAAAGUGUAGGUACCAGGCAAACCUCUUUACAGAGAGCAUUCCGCAGAUGGGAAGCUACUGAUGAGAAGGUCCUUUCCCUUGGACCCACUCUCCCUACUUCAUGAUGAGAGGACACUUGGAGAAGGACCUGCCAAGAUGAUCUGAAGGCAUGUUUGGGAAAUGCUGUUCCUCCUUGCUAUCAGGGUCCCAGGGUCUAUAGGUCAAAACCAGCACUGUUCAUCUAAUCGGACCUUCCUCAACCUGACUCCCUUGAGUAUGAGUGCCAUUGGGGGGGCGAGGGGCCAAGUCCCAGAGUCCUCCUGCUACCUUCCCAAAGUGGGGCAAGCACUUUCCGGGCUUUGAGGAGGAGGAAGGAGGGCUCUAGGACCCUGCCAGAGCCCUUCUGCCUCCUUCCCAAAACUCAGUGCCUUUUACCCAGCUUUGGGAAAGUGGGGUGAGGGCUGGAGAGGGCAUCAAAUUUUGGCCUUGCACAGGGCACCAUAUUACCAAGGUCCACCCCUGAUUGCAGCUCCCAUUGUUUCUGAUUGUUGACCAUGCUGGCUGGGGUUGCUGGCAGUCUGAAACAUAUGGAAGGCACCCAGCUGGAGAAGGCUGACCUAAGACAUGCAGGUAAUUCUAAAAGUUCUAAAAGACAUGCAGGUAAUUCUAAAAGUUGCUCCUUCUUUUCUUUUCAAGGGGUCACUACGGUCCUUACCAUGACAACUUUAAGCAUCAGCGCCCGCAACUCUCUACCAAAAGUGGCCUACGCUACCGCGAUGGACUGGUUCAUAGCCGUGUGCUACGCCUUUGUGUUUUCUGCACUGAUUGAAUUCGCCACAGUCAACUAUUUCACAAAAAGAAGCUGGGCCUGGGAUGGCAAGAAGGCAUUAGAGGCUGCAAAAAAGAAGGUAGCUCGGUUGGUUAGCGCAUGGUGCUGACAACACCAAGGUUGCAGGUUUGAUCCCCGUAUGGGACAGUUGCAUAUUCCUGUAUUGGAGGGCAUUGGACCAUAUGAUCCUCUGGGUCCUUCCAACAAUAUCAAUGCUAUGAUAUGCAUCUCUCUGAAGAGAUAGAAUAGUUACCCUGAAUAGGAAGGUGGGAGCUCUCUGACUUGGUUAAAAAUCGAGGGAACAUAAUCUACAGGACGUAUCCUUGUUGCUGCGAUCUUCCACAGUGCCAUUCCACUGGAUCGCCCUCCUAACAUUUCACAAUGAUACUUAAGCAAAGGAACUAUCCCUUUGUCUUCAGUGAGACAAUGGAUGUCAUGAGGCCAGUUCUACCAUUUGAUAGAGUAAGCUAACUGCCUCAACCAGCUGAUUCUGAGCAUCAGUAAAGGGCAGCAAACGGCUACUGGUGUAAUUUACUGUUACUGUAUGUUACAGCUAGAGAGGGAAAGGCACUCAUGGGAAUUUCUACCAAAAUAACAUGGCCUUCCUUGCAUGCUUAUACAGGCAUGAGAUGGCCAGGUGGAUUGCGGGUGGGGGAGAGUUUUGCUGCUCUAUCUCAGGUCCUAAAUAUCUGAGAUCAAAACUGCUUUUUGCUAUACUUUUUUUUGGCCUGGACCAAAAUAUCAGGGUAGGGUUUCUCUCUCUCUCUCUCUCUCUCUCUCUCUCUCUUAAAAAAAGAGAGUGAAAUAGAGAGCACCAGUUCCAAGCCUAAGGGGUAGUAAAGGAGAAAACCCUAUUUUAUUUUCUCUGCAUCCUCUUGCUAAGAUAAAUUCUGCACACACCCAACCAGAGGAUGCAUUCUCAAACUGAAUUAAGAUUAAUCGGUUGGGUUUGCCAUACAAUCAGAUUGAUGUGGUGAAACACUACCCCCCACAUGUUUUCAAAUGUGCAUUUGUGAAAGCAUUCUUAGAAUCUGGGUUUAUUUUGCUUGGUUUAUGAAUCUGAAGUGCCCUUGCAGUUUUAGCGAGGAUAAGAAUCCACCACAAGAAUGCAAAACAGAAACCUGUUUAGUCCUCUUUAAAUCACUUCAAUUGCUUUUAUCAGUGUUAAGGCAUAAAUAAUCUCUGCAUACAGCCCUUAUCUUUCUUCAUGUCCUAAGUGUACAUUUCUGUUUUUUUCACCAGUGUUCUGGUUUUCUGUUGUUUUGCAGAAGAAAGAGCGUGAAUUGUUGGCAAGCAGAGCCAUGAACACUUAUCCUGCCGGACGGAUGACCCCCACCUUAAACUUACCAAAGGACUCUGCCCCUGCAGUAAUCUCCAACGCUGCUCCCAUUCCAGUCAAGCCCGCCGAAAAACCAGCCGAAAACAAAAAGACCUACAACAGCAUCAGUAAGAUUGACAAGAUGUCCCGGAUAGUAUUUCCGGUCCUGUUUGGAACUUUUAACUUAGUCUAUUGGGCUACGUAUUUGAACAGGGAGCCUGUGAUCAAAGAUGCUUCUUCAAAAUAAAUGGAAGGACCUUUUCGAAUCAAGUGUUAGCCAUACUUGCAAAAACAAACUCUACCAAGGAGAAUUCGAGGUUCCAAAAGACUUUCUACCUUUGGGCAAUAUUCUUCAGGAAGUUUUUGCAUGUUUAACAGUAUGUACAAAAAGAAAAAAGAAAAAAUAUUAUUGCCUCGAUUGUUUCUACAUGUAACCUCAGAUAUUUCCGGCAAUUACAUUAACGGCAGCAGACACAAAUCUUUCUAGGACAACAGAAGACAUGAGACAUGGUUUCUAUGCUGCUGAGUAACUUGCAUUGAUAGUUUACAAAUGAAAUAGGG